CUCUCUUUCUCGUCGCUCUUCCUGCCGGGCUGCUGCUUUGCGCGCUGCGGGGCCACACUGCGACCGCACCGAGGAGGAAGAGGAGAAAGCCGCGGACCGACAGGGGGGCCAGCCUGAGCCAGAGCGGCGGAGAGGCACAGCGUAAAAGAAGAAGACGAAGCAGAAGAGGAGGGGUCCAGCGCGCCGUCACCGCACGGAUAAAAAAUCCUCCAAGGAAGAAGCAGCAGAAGGCGGAGACGCGUCACACCGCGCUCUUCCUCCCUCCAUCUCCCUGCUCCGCUUUUCAGGGGAAUCGAACCAGAGGAGAAAAAAAGGAGAGGAGGACGAAUAAAGAAAAAAAAGAUCCUGCUGGGGAAUCUCGGAGCGCAAAACGACGAACGGCGCGGUGUUGGAAACCUCCCCCCCCUCCCCUCCCGGACCAGGGCCGAUUCUCCGUUUUCUAGCAGCCAGCUCGGCGCGGCGACACCAUGAAGGACCGUACGGCGGAACUGCGAAGUGUAAGCUCAAUUUUUCAUUUCAUUCCUUCCAUGUUGGCCUCCGUGUCUCCCCCCUCCUUCUCCUCCUCCUGCAGCAGCCCUUUGGCCUCGCCGCCUCUCCAUCCGGAUGCGAGCGGAGCGCAGAGGAACGGGGCGGUGAGGCUGCUGAGCGCCUCUUUGAGCUGCUGUGAGGAGUGCGGAGGAGGAGGCUGAGCUGCGGCUCCUCACGCUGUGCAUACAGAGUGAUGUGGAGGGGAUGCAGGAUGCAGCCUGAAAUGGAGGCUUUCCUCAGACAGCAGAUUGAUAGUUCUCAGUGUUGGUGGAUGCUUGGUUUGUUAGACGGGGUGUACCGGCUGGAGGUCACGGUUCCAGAUCGGACUGGUUAUUUUCCUUCUUUUCUGGCCGGAAUUUGAGCCCGUCUUGGCGGGUUUAGACGCAGAGGCCUUGCUCAUGCAGCGCUGCAUGCAUGAUGGGAAAACGACAGGGAAAAAAAAGAAAACGCUCUCAUCCAUGCUAAUCCGGCCCUGCAUGUCCGUGCAUGCGUGCCUGGAUGACCUGAUGGGAAAGGAGGAGGAGAAGGAAGAGGAGGGUAUAGUCUGAAUUGAGCCGCGAACCAAAAUGCAGUGAUUUUUUUUUUUUUUUUUUUUUUUUCUGAGGCCGCAUCCUGCAGCCUGCGCGCGCCUCCUCCCUGAUAGAGCCGCGUGAGAGUGGGAGCAUCAGUCCCGAUCAGGCGGGAGGAAGAGGAGGAUGAUCGAUCCGCGGCGGGGAUGGGAGAGCAGGAUGCGGCGUUAUCUGCCGCUUUUACCGCGUGUCUUUUGACGCUUUUACCGCGUGUCUCCUGCCGCUUUCGCCGCACAGACGGUGGAGGGGGGGAUGGGGAGGAGGGAGGGAGGGAGGGGUAGUGCUGAACUGUGUGUGUGUGUGUGUGUAUGUGUGUGCGUGUCGAGGGGGGCGGGUGGGGUGAGGGAGGAGGGGGGAUGAGGAGGGGGGUCCCUUCAUUGUAGCACAGCCUCACCCAUUUUCUGACUGUGGCUCUGCAUCAGGGGAGACUGAGCUUUGACGAACAGCUGAUGCUGGAGGUUUGGGCGGAUUUUGGGGGGAGGAGGGGGGAGGGAGGGUGGGAGGGGGUCUCAUCAGCUGCUGAAACUCUGCAGCAGCUCCACGCCCCCCCCCCCCCCAACACACACAUACACACCCCUCACCCCCCACCACCCGGGUUCAACUGGGUACGCGUCAGACAAAACCAACAGAAUCCAGCCAGAAACACACACACACACACACACGCAUACAUACACACCCCUAUCUGUUUGAUCGAUCUGAUUGGAUUCUCCUCAGCUCUUCUCCUCUGUGUUACAGAUAUAUUCAGAGGGUCAGAACUGAUCAAUACUCGGAUCAAUAAAUCAACAGCUGACUGUGUGUGUGUGUGUGUGUGUGUGUGUGUGUGUGUGUGUGUGUGUGUGUGUGUGUGAGAGAGAGAGAGAGAGAGAGAGAGAGGAGGUGAUUUGCAUUUAAAAAGUGACAGGCUCAGCACCGCCCGGAGUUUACCGCACUGCUGUCCAUCCAUCCCUCCAUCGUUUUUAUUUCUCCUUCCAUCCUUUCCUUGUUUCCUCCUCCCCUCCCCCAUCCCUUCUUUCUUUCCUCCUCCAUCCAUCCACUCUCUGUUCCUCCCUUCAUUUCUCUCCUCAUAUUCACUGCCUCCUCUUUCCAUCUUGCUUUCCUUUUUUAGUCGUUUCCUCUCUUCCUCCUCCCAGCCAUCUUCCAAAUUUCCACCAUCCCUCCUUUUAGUCUUUCUCCAUCCCUUCUUCCAUGUCUCACUCCAUCUUAUACCCCUCUAUCAACUUGUCAUCACUCAAGCUUCCGGUCUUUUCUGUCCUCUUCUUCUUUUUUUAUCAUCCAUCUCUUCACCCAGACAUCCAUCUCCUCAGUCCACAUUUUACAAAUUCCUCCAUCCUUUCUUUCAGUUUUCCUCCCUCUUGUCAUUCCUUCUCUCCACCACUACCCUCUUUUCUUACCAUCAGACAUUUCUCUAUCUCUCAAUCAUGACUACAUUUUGCACUGUCUCUUCCUUUUCUUAAUUUUACCUCUCCCUUUCCCCCUCGUCACCUGUUUUAUGCACAUUCUCAUUUAUUGUAGUGGCUGAAAUUGGGUUGGAGACGUGUGGUGAAUUUGUCACGUAACAACAAUCUUUUGAUUUAAACAUCGCUUCCGACCUGAAGCUGAAAAUAUACAGCGAGGAGACGGUACCUAUCCUCAAAUUAGAAUAUUAAAACUAAACAAAUAGACCUUGAAACGAUUUACACUGUGCAGCUCUGAACACUCUGUAUCGCCCUCUAGAGUCACUUUAGCAACGAUCAGCGACACGUUCCUUCUCGCAAUCUCACUCUGUGGCAAUGAGGUUUAUAAUGUGACUAUUGUGAGAUGUUUGCAAAUGUUUUGUGCUAAAUUAAAGUAGAUUACACUCUCCGAUAGAUUUUUAUAAAAAUACCUUCUGUAAUAUAACCGUACCCAACCACUAAAAAUGUAUUCCAUAACCGAGUUUGUGCCUGUGAAGAAAUAACCGUGCAAAUGUUUGACUAUGUUUCAGUCAGGACUAUACUCAUCAAUGAGAUUUACCUAAUUCGAUACAUUUGGUUGCAUAGCUCUAAUGUGCCCCUCUCACCGGGGUAUGUGGAAAAGUAAAGUCCCAGGCAGGGAGAGCACACCUCUCCUCUGUUUCAUGUGCAUAAAUGAGAAACUAAGACAGGGAGAACAUCAGCAAAGACCCCCUCGGCUCUGUUCUUAGAGCUCCCUGUGCUUUGAAUUAUGUAUGUGUUCUGCUAAAGUCAGCAAGUAGAGCACACCUGCUCUCUGUUUCAUGUGCAUACAUGUCAGCUGCAACAAAUGAGGUGAUGUAAUAAUUUUUAAAAUGAGAAAUUGAGAAAAAUGAGAAUACUUACAGUAUAGAACCCAGACAGCAUAAAAAGCAGGGGCUGGGGCGGAGGAAGGUUGUAAAGCUUUUUGCAGAGGAAGCAGGAGGAGUAGGCAGGCUAACGGAAAAAAUAGAACUCUAGCGCUCCGCAGCGGAACGGAAAGAAGGCGGUGGAAACUGACACAUUAACUUAAAUGGUUACGAUCAGCGGCGGUCGGCGGAUACAGCCUUUUCGUAGCCGUUCUGGAUGCAGUGGAAAUUGGGGGUAACUGCCACGUUUAACUCUGACGCCCAUUUUGACUUUUAAUGAUUUUGAUGAUGACAGAGAGUAAUCAGCUGCCCCCUCAGCUAAAAUGGGGUGGCGUCAGGAUCAGUUGAUGUACUGUGGGUGGAGCUUGACUUCCGCUGUUAGGUGAGAUUAAUAUGAUAAUUGGGUUUAAAGAGGCCCUCAGUAUGCUUGCUUGUCACAUAACUAUCUUCAUCACCAAAAUGAUGUUUGUUUGGUCAGAAGUCGACUUCGUAAAGGAGGUCAAUUUUGACCUUCUGUUUUACACAUGAAUCCCAAAGGAAAAGACCGGUGUUUCUUUGACCCAUCAAUCAUCCCCUGAACCCCACCUAGAUUUUAAUCUCAGGCUGGCAAUGAGGUAGACAACUUCUAGAUCUUGACUGAUCUUGAAACAGUGGGGGACCACACACAGAAUGGUUUUAUCUCUACAUUUGUGGUCAAGAUUUUACAGACACACUAGAUGUCACAGAUACUGGAUCAUGACUUCAGGACAAACUACAAUCACUGUCAUCAGCUGGUGUGUGUUUUGUUCUGCAGGAAAAGCAAAAACCAAAAAGAGGAUAUUGGUAAAAUCCUGGCUAAGAAGACAGUACAUAUUCUACUCGGCUUGGGUCCAUGUUUUGUUCACCAUGUUUGCAUGUUCGAGGGCUGUAAAGGUGUACAAAUAUGGCCAGUGAUGCUCCUUUCAACUGGACAUUAUUAGUAUUUCAUUGACGACAGUCUGACCUGGGAUAAUGGAUAUCAAACAUGUUUGAUAAUCCCAGGUCAGAGGCUUCCCCUUGGUUGGAAGCGGUUAAAUAGUCGUAUUGAUGCCGCACACAAGAGUAUCACUCCAACAAAUAAUCGGUCAUGACAAGCCUUGAAACGGGUCAAUCGAGCCCUGAAUCUGGGCCCACUGUGUGGUCAGUCUUUCAUCGCGUUUCAAGGAGAGUCAACAGGAAGUCCAUUCAUUCAUGGGGAUCACUGUGAUGUCUGCGGGGAAGUUUACAUAAACUUACUUGAAUUAAAAAGAAACAAGAUUAAUAGAUUUAAGCCCAAUGCUACAGAGCAAAAAUCUCAAAACUGAACAGUUUUUUCACGAGGAAAAAAAAACGCUUUCUUAGUUUUAAGUUUUUAGAGUUUAAGCCUCUUGCUAACAUGAAAAUUAGUGAUACACAAAAAAAUUAAACAUCCGUUUUGGUUGAUGGGAUUUUAUUAAGAGACUGGGUCUGAAAUGCAAUCAGCAACAUAGUAGCUUCAUUAACAACACUUUAUAGAAACAACAUUUAAACCAGCAAACAGCAUCAGAGGCUGUCAGUGUACUUUUAAUCUGAGAUUCAUCUUUAAACUGUAAUUUCAAUCUGACUGCUACAUGAGAGAGAGCUUCAGCCUGACCGUGUUAAAACAUGACACGGUUUGAUGGAAGUAGUUCAUAUCUUUUGUUUAGAGCGUGGUUCGACUCAGAGACUAGGUUUUCAGCCAUGUUUCUAUUGUAGGCUGAUUCAUAGACUCUGAAGAGGCUGACCUACAAUCUCUGAGCUGAUUUUCAUCUUUAUGGAGCAGUUUAGACUUUAGAGUGGUAGACAGACUCAAAUACCAUGUGGCGUUAAAACACAGAGGUAAAAAAACUAUAAUAUUCCCUUCUUUUUAUGCAUUGUAGUUUAAAUGGAUCUAUUACAGAUGUCCAGCUGUAGACCUACCCCCAAAUAUCAUAGACACACAUUCUAGAUGCACAAAUACAAAAAUAUCAGAAGAAAUGAUUCACAGGAAUAAAAGAUUAUGACUUUGAAAUAUAUUUUUGAUAUCAUAUGUACUUUGUCCAUUAGGAUUUGCGUUUUUAUUUUUGGGAGGUCUUUUAUUUUUUAAAAUAAAAACCCUGUGAGAGCUUUAAUUUGACCUCUCAGAUGUUGUCUGUUCCUGUGAUAAUUACUACAAUCCACAGUAUUAGAUUUUUGCUGCAAAAUUCACAGUAUGUAGACACCACCCUGCUUUUGGUCUGACUGAAUCUUUUCUGCUGCUCCCCUUUUUUUUUUAGUUUUCAUUCUCAUGUUCGUCCAUCCUUCCAUCACCUCCUAUCCUCUCAUCUGUCUUCUCAUCCCUCUGUUUGAUUCUGUCCUCUUUUACCACCUUUCUCCCCUACCGUCUUCCAGCCUUUUAACGUAUUCUCCUUAUUUCAACCCCUGCUUUCACCUCUCUUUUUCUUCUCUCUUUUUAAGCUUUACUCCAUACCUCCAUCAUCCUCCCAUCCUUAAUCCAUUCCUCCCACUGGGUUUUUCUCAUCCCUCUGCCUUAGCUCUAUCUGUCUCCUUUAACUACUCCUCCUUUCUACAGUCUUCCUGCCUCUCCACGCAUUUUCCUUUUUUCCAUGCCUGCUUUCACCUCUCUCUCCAUCCAUCUUUACUUUUCCUUUCUUCUUCUUCUUCAUACCAAGUUUUCUGCCAUCCACCUAUCACCUCUCAUUUAAAUCUCAUCCUUCUUAUCCCGCCCCUAUGUGUCCUUCCCCUCAUCUCUCCAUUCCUCUCUCUCCCACCUUCCAGGCACCAUCAUUUCAAUCAUUAUACAGCCUCCUUUUCUCUCAUCCAUCCAGCCUAUCCCAUCUCCCUCCUCUCUGCUGUAGAUUCUCUUUAUUUUGCACUCCUUCAUAUUGUUUGAUGGUGUAAUCUGCUCAUUCCUGCGGUCAGCUCCCCCUUUUUUUUUUUUUUGGCGAUUCUUCCAUCAUUAAUGACUCCCUCUCUCUGCUGUCGGCCAUGUUGGACGAUCACUGGAGUGAAAUCCGGCUCACGUAAUCCUGCCGGUAACAGAUGCUGCUGUAUCAUGCAGCAGAAGCAGCGGCAGCAGCGGCUCGGUAGUAAUAAUUAUAUUUUUAUGUAAUCGUCCACAUCACAGUGACGCUGCCCGCUCUCCUCCUCCUCCUCUUUGAUGCUGCCGCUUUAGCGCCGAGCGCCUUCGAGUCCAGACAAGUCUGAAUGAGCACUGUGAGAGAGAGUGAAAGAGGCAGGAAGUCGACAAUACUGAGUGUGACUUACAGAAUAAGAGGAGAGAGUUGAUGUAGUUGGAGGAAGGCUUACUAAGAAUCAGAAAUCUGUUAAAACCGGUCAAUAAUCGGAGUUUAUUCUGCACAAAUAUUCAACUUUUCGUGCUUUUCUUGAUUUUAAAGCAAAGGCCGCUCAUAACACGCUGAAGUGUUUGGUUCUGGAAAUGUUCGAGAAUCUUAAACCCGCAUCUUUUUAAUGUCCAGCAGGGGUGCAAAAUUACACACAAAAAAAAUUGCUCAUAGGUUGGUGCAAAGUGAGGAUUUUUUUGGAGAAGAGGGAAGCCCUCGCUCCUCUCCAGCUCCACCCUCUUGUCCACAAAGAUCUUACGCUCUGGCUCCAAAAAACAAGACAGCAUCAUUUCCCAGAAAUUAUGCAUGAAUACAACUUGAUGUGGGCCCAUUUAGAGUUGUGAAUGGUCCCUUACGAUUCAACCUUUGUAUCAGCUGAUUUACUUUUUUUGGUCAUGAGGAACCAUCAGUCUCAAUCUAAGUCUAUUGCAUCACCAGUUAAAAAAUCUAUAGGACACAUUAUUGUUAGGGCAAGCACUCAACUGUAGGUUGUUUUUAUUUUUAUCCCAGUAACUCCCUCCAAAGAAGUCUGGAUCUUUGAUUAUCAAAAGAAACAAGCUGAGCUUACAUUAGCCGCUUGCCGAGCCACCCUGUAAAGCAUCUGAGGCUCCCAUUGACCCUGCAUUACUCCUUUGAACAAUGACACAGCUAAAAAUUAUCAAGUACAGAGAUUCACAUGACAGGGUGUGAGUCAGCUCGGUUCUUUUGUGUGUGAAUGGUUUACUCCAAGCUCUGCAGCCGUGUAAGAUUUUUGGAUAUUCAGAUUUUGGUGGAAAAAAAGCUGAAUUUUUGCAGCUGCUUAGGAAUGUAUAAAAAUGCUGCAUCAUUGUUCUGCCUGCUGCAGCAAAAGAGAGACCACAUAGAGUCUCUGCAGCAGGUGGAUCUGGAGCUGUGUGUCUUGCUUACAGGUUGCUGUGACAUGCUGGUGAGGUUUAAACACAGAUCAGGUGAUACUGUGACUCAGCUGCUGGUGGUCUGCAGGUUUAAGAAGCAGGGAAGUAAUCACUCUGUUCAUUCUUUAAUAUAAUUUGUAUGAGAAGAACACCCUCAGACUGACAGGAGUUACAAGAAUCCCAUGAUUAAAUGAUUCUAUAUUCCUGUUAUACAUGUGUGCAUUAGUAAAGUAGUUCAAAAGGUCCCAAAAUUGUGAUAAAAUUGUAGAAUACUCCUGACAGAGUCAAGCUGCUCCCUUACUUUAAAUUCAGACAAAUGCUGAUGCUAAAAAUAGAUUCUUAGGGAUUUAAGUGCAGGGACUAUAAACUGCAUGACUAUUUGAAUUGAAUCAUGUUUGGCCUGUAGCACACUUGCCAUUUGUCAAGGCAAACAUUAACUGCAAACAUUUCACUGUAAAUAAUCAGAAAAGCUGAAGUCAUGUUGUGAAAUAUUAGAGGGAUUUCUAAUAUUCAUCCUGAGGGUGAUUCUAAAUAUUUUAUGAUAUUUUGGCUGUUGAUAUUUGACAAAGAUGUGAUGAGAGUUUAAAUUGUGAGUAAAGUUUAAAGAGCCCUGUCUGGUAGCUGCUUAGAGUUGAUUCAUGUCAUUGUUUUUUCAGUGUUUAACAUUCAGGUUUAAUCAGUGUUGUUGUGGACAUUUAAGAAGUGACCUUUUCCGUUUGCUGUCACAAGAGAGUAAUGUUUCAUCACCUGAGCACUGAAUUCACUGUAUAGUUUCAAUAUUCUGUAACUCUGCAUUUCUGCUGCACCAUAUCUCUAAUAGAAGUUUUUUAUUUUUUUACGCCUCCACAUAUCUCGGAUGGCCUUGGUUACAUCACAGAAAUAGAUUAGACAAUGAUUAAUAAAGAAAUAAAAAUGUCAUUUAUUUGAGAAAAGCUCAACCAAGAAAUAUAUGGAGGUGUUAAAAGCCAUUGCAUCUUUUUUGGGCGCAAACUAAAGUGCUGACUGUGCUCAUAAAUCUGUUAUAAUUACCCAAAAUCCAAAAUAUCACAUAUGCGGCAGUUUGAUUGAUGAUUAUUUUUAAUUUUGGUGAAGUAGAGUUUGAUGUUAAAGCCUAUUCAUAUGCAUGACGUGUAUAACAGGACACCGGGGAAAAAAGCUGCUGGGUAAUAAACGGCUCAGCUUUGUGUGUGUGUGUGUGUGUGUUUUAUCACCAUAUCCCAUUUCAGUUUCAUUGAUUACAACAGGAGGGGUGCAGUGAAUGCAGGGCUAUAAUUCACCCUCAGUGUGGUCAAUGCAGGAUUUUAAAAAAGGCCCACGUGUCACUAUAGCAACCACCCACACACACGCACAUAUGCACACUUUAGACACACAGUCACACACAGACACACACACAUACACCUACAUUAAUACAGUGUAUAUUUACUCAAUAAAACCUUACUUUUACCCUUAUAAAAUAAGGAUUUAUACUUGCACUUGUUUAUGUACAUAACAGGGCCUUUUUUAUAUAUAUUAAAGGGAGGCUAGUCCCCCAAUGUGACGUAAAACAAGUAUAUGUCCCUACAAUGCCAUUUAAACAUGAACUGACAAAUAUACUCAAACACAGUAUGUAUUUCUCACUAUGCUGUCACAUCGACCAGUUUUGUUUAAUGGAGGGUCAGGGAAACCCUUAAUUAAGUCUCCAUUUUUAUCUGAUCAUUCUGUCUAAUCUUUCAUGAAAUGUUUGCUGUGAAUUUGUCACCCUAGUCUGACAUCAGUGUAGCGAUUAUAAGCUAAAGCUUGUUUAGCCAGCUCAUUAGAAUGAGCGAUAGCGAUUUUAAAACACAACCAACAAUUUAAAACGAGGUUAAUAUUUAUGCGGGGUAGCAAAUGAUUGAAUAUCUGAUAAAAACAUGAGUGUCAUUACAAUGAAAAUCCGUAAUUAUACUAAGUGAGGUCCUGGUUUGUUUUUGUUUCAAGGGGUGUGGCCCUUAGUCUUUACUGUAGCACUUGAUAUAAUACACUUUACUGACUUUAUGUGUAUUUUCUCCUCAAAAAUCUCCUCACACACACACACAGAUACAUAUCGAGUCAUUUUACUUCGGAGGACUUGACUCACUUUUAUUUUCCGAAAACUAAACUUUUUAGAAGUGAAAAUUAAUUACAUAUAUGUUGUGCAUAUGUAGCUAUGUGUUUACGUUAUGUUGUUGUCCUGGCGUCGGUAAUAUGAGACUGCACACGUAAAGUGCGUAUACAGCUUAAAAUAAGGUAAAUCUUGAUUCACUGGUGAUUUGCAAUCUAGUCAAUUGAUUUUGACCUUAUCUGUCACCACACCGACAGGUGACACUUGUCCAUUGUAACACAAAGACAAGCCCAGUGCUGAAGCCAUCACUGACAGGAAAUCUUUAUGUUUCUAUUUUUAAUCAAUCAAACUCUGUGGCAUUUCUAGUCUGUUCUGAUGGGAGGACCUGAACAUCAUCCUCGGUCAGUUAAGACAGUAAACUAUUGAUCAGAACAACUAUCUAUUGAAUCAUGUUAAUCUGUAGAGUUUUCAGUUUGAAGAGGCAUUUUAAUCUAAAGAUUAUUAAAGAGGUGUAUUUGAGGUCAUAGCAUCGCCCCUUGAUAAAGAGCUACAACAUGCCCACUUGUCAGUCAAAAAAGCCACGCCCUUAAUUAUGUCUUAUCGUGCAUAGUUGUUAUCCUUCUCAAUAAAAUAGUGUUAGUCUGGAGUGUAGUUCUGCUUAAUUUCUACAGCCAUAAUGCUGUACUACCCAGCAGUAAACAAGCACAGAUGAAGCAGCUCAUGUUGUCGUACAGUUUUGUUUGUAAGUAUUUGAUUAGAAAAUGAAAAUGAAGUUGUAUGUAUGCUGAAUCUGGUUAAACUGGUACAUAAUCUGUCAACCAGACCAAUGUGUAACCAGUAUGAGCAUAUGGACAUUAAGCUGCAAGGAUAACUUAAAACUGGUGGUGCUAGCUCUGUUAGUGUUAGCGCUAUUCUGCAAACAGUUCUGACACGUUUACCUGCAGACUUCGUUAUCCCGUGUUUAGUACAGGUCAAAAAAAUCACGCUCAGUUUUGAUGUUUUGUGAAUGUCCCUUUUACUGUGUUUACUUUUAAACCAGGCAAUUCAGCAGGAUUUAAAUUUUCAUUCAAGUAAUGUGGAAAAAGACUCUACAGAACAUCAUUUUUAGAUGGACAAAAACUUAUGAUUUAUGUGAAAAUUGAGCCUUACUCAGAAUAAAAAAAGGUUGAGCUUCUUGUGCUCUUUUUAGCUUAAAUGAGAAAUCAAACUGGUUUUCCUAGCAGGCUGUAAACAUGUUAAUUUCUGCUGUAAAAAUUGACACUUUAAAAUCUUUCCAUUAGCUUAUGCAGGCAGCCUCAAGUGGACACCUAAGGAACUGCAGUUUUUGCACUCCAGAAUUUUCUACUUUCUUUAACGCCUGAGGUUUCUGAUUAGGUGUUUAUACAAGAGCCAAACAUUUUUUUUAUUAAAGUAAUUCACAAAAAAACUUUUUAGAAAUUAAAUGAUAAAAAUGUAGCAGAAUAGAUAAACUGAUCUGUCUUGUUAAUUAUUCAUGUUUUCAUUAACACACUGUAGUAGAUUAUUAUUAAAGCCUGACAGUCGCUGUGCUAAGUAACGUCAUGGAGGCACCAGGUGUGUGUGUGUGCGUGUGUGUUUGGUUUUGUGUUUGUUUGACUUUAUUUACUCAGAGAACCAACACACACACACACACACUCACACACACACCUGCUGCAGACAGAAGGCCUGCUGCUGCUGCUGCUGCUGCUGCUGUCUCUGCUCUCUCAGUGCUGACUUGCUCAAGGACACCUUGACGCCAGAAGUCUGACUCUUCCUGCAGUUUAACACUCUCAGUUUAAAGUUCUGUAAAACUUUUGUGCAGGAUUUUAUAUUUUUUAGUUCAAGUCACUUCUGUUGACUUAAUCUAGAAUGAAACACUCUUGAUUUCCAAUCUGGUCAUUCAUUUAGCUUUGCAGGACUGUUUUUCUGUGUUAAAUGGCCUCAGCUUUUUUCUCUACCCAUAAAACUAAGGCUCCAGAAAACAGUUGGAAGUUUGGAUGUUUUCAGGAACAACAACAGCAACAACAUAGCUGUGUAUGCUUGCCACUUGUGACUCCUUUGCACACAAACCCCAGUUUGAGCUGGAUUUGAGUCUUAACUGUUACCAAAACCUGGAGCUGUCAAUCCAUAAAGACUUUCAUGAAGCUCAAAGACAGAAGCUGGUGGACACAUUACAACAGUUACAAAUAGAGCCAUACCUAACUGAUAAUGGAAAGGUAACUAGAGGCUAAUUGAUGAUCUAAGAUAUAUUUUUGUAGUUGCCAAGCUGUGUAAAAAGAUGCACCUCUAAGCUGUGUCAAACUCCUUUUUAGUAAGAAAGCUAUAAAAGCUGAAGCACCUCCACGUUGCGUCUACUUUUCCAUUAGUCAGAAUGCUGUGUACAAACUAGCGCCCCAAAAUUGUGUCAAACCUUCUAUCUAUACCGUAGAAUGCUUUUUAAAAAGUAACACCUCCAUGUGAUCUACUUUACUUUUAGUAGAAAUACUAUGUAAAAAGUAACGCUCUAUAGCUGUGUCUUACUUUCUGUGAGUAGAUUGCUGUGUAAAAAGUAGCAUCUCCAAGCUUUGUCAAACUUUCUAUAAGUGGAAAAUAACCAAAUUGAAGCGUUUCAGUCAAAAGCCAAAGAGAGCUGGAAUGACGGUUUUCACGUACACCAGUGCAACAAAAAUGAGAUAAAUAAUGAGUUUUUAGAGCUGCUUAUCUUGCUAACCCACUCUGCAAGUGUCCUAGACUAUGUUUGUCAUGAACUGAAAGGAUUUGACUUUAUGUCACUGAGAGUUUCAUCAAACUCCACUCACUAAGCAUCAGGUACACAUGGACAUCACCUGCUGUGGUGAUCAGACUGUUAGCUCACUGUGGAUCCCAGUUGGUCUGCAGCCUUGUAAGCGAACAUAUUUAUGAGGUGGGACUUUAUGUUUGUGCCAUUUCAAUAUAAAGAUAGAUUGAUCUGUUUGUGCAUAGAAACAGCCAGAUGGGAGAAGCUGUUGGUGUCGGCUCUAUAAAUGUAUUUCUGGCUACAGGCUCCAUGCUAAUGAUAGCUAGCUUGUGAGUCUGAAGGUCUGUGGUGUGUGUGUGUGUCUGUGUGUGUCUGUGUGCAUUUGAGUGUAUGUGCCCAUGGCCAUCCUUCAGCCAAGUCAAGGGCAAAGUCACCAUUACACCAUUACUGCCGGCGCACAGGAGGUCACUUUCACAUCAUGACGUCGUUCUCUGCUCGUAUGUUCACUGACGUAUGUUCACAGGCUUCAUUAUUAUUCAAUAUCAUCACAUUUUUAUUCUCCAUUUUUGUCCUAGCUGUAUUUCUGCAGUUUGUUUCUGGUUGAUUGUUUUCAGCUCUAAUGCUUGUACCAACCCAGAGGUGAGGAACGCUUAUUAAGUUUUAAUUGGUCAAUUAUGUUUUCGUUUUCUCCCUUAAUUAUUCCUCAUAUACAAACACACAGUUGUAACCUCAUAAUUGUGAGGACCCUCUUGGACUUUGAAUGUACCAAAAGUCCUAUUAACCCAAAUUGAAGUCUAGAAAACCUAAAAAUGUGACCAAAGCUGUUCUUAGAAACUGUGAAACCUCUUAUAACUUUCCCUAAAAUACCUCAGAAAAGGGAACAACCCAGUAGUUUGUUUAGAAUGAAAUUAUCCCCUUUAUGUUAAGUGUACAAAUUCUUCUGGAAAAGGUUGAAUGUCCCUUUGUUUUGGGGUUUUAGUCAAAGUCAUUGUCUGGAUGGCAGCAUAUGUUGCUCCUAAACCUGUUGGUUAACAUGAACAGAUGUGUGAGCUACUUAUGCCAUGGACACUAACCCUGAAUUUCGCAGGGUUAGUAUCCGGAAUGGCAGCGAUUUUUGCCAUCCGCCAACUCCUACUGGAUCUGUUUGUGAGGCGAAUUUGGUGGCGGAUUACGGACAGCUGUAAUCGCAAGAACUCACAAGAACCCGUGGAUUCACCUUCAAUCGCGCGAUAAGUUGUCUCUAUAAAGAUAGCCACAUAGGCUAACCAUAUAAGCAGUAGAUUGUGUCAUUCUAGAGGAGGAAAUCCACCUCUAGACUUCUAAAAUCAGCAUCCCCACAUUCAUCUUGUCAUCGGCAUGAAAUGCUGUCUAAAAACCUUUCACUUGUUUGUCCCCGCCCGUUUCCCUGGUAUGAAAUACCAUCUGCCUGAAACACAGAGUGUUUCAUCUUGAAAAGAAGCCGGAUGUUUUAUCUUGUGUAUUUCCCCGACUUCCUUUCCAGCACGGGUUAAUCUGUGCUGAAUUCAUCUGGCAUGCUCCGGCGUCCAGAAAAACUAGAACUCUUGCAGAGCUGCGGAGUCUGGCGAUCCACAGUGGAAUGGAAAGAAGCCGGUGGAAAUUGAAAAUAGUUACAAUCAGCUACGAUCUGCGGCCUUUUCGUAGCCGUUCCAGAUGCGGUGGACAUUGGGGGUUAUGAUCCCCCAUACCAACAGGGAUGCUGGCUUUGAACUGUGAGCUGACGUCAAGCCGAGUGGUUUCUCUACUCUUUAGAGAAGAUGAUGCAGCAUCCAUGAUCUCCAAAAAAGAAAGUAAAAUUUCUGGAUCAUGUUUCUAUCUGGUUUUAAUCUUUAACCUGCAUUUGUGAAUGCAGUGAUGAACUGUGCUCACAGACACUGGUUCUGAAAGUGAUUUUGAGUCCAUGCAGUGAUUUCUACUACAGAGUCUUGUCUGUUUUAAUGCUGUGCUGCCUGAGGGCCUGAAGUUUAGGACCAUCCAGUCGUGAUUUUGGUCCUUGUCCCUGUUGUACAGAGAUUUCUCCAGAUUAUAAAACUGUAGAUGAUCAAAUCCACUCAUUCUUUGGCCUUUUACACUCAAGAUCAUUACCAUGAAACUGUUGAACUAUUUGCUCACGCAGUGUCUCAGCGAUUACAGAACAAUUGCUUUUCUUUAUGUUCACACAUUCAGAGGACAUUUGAAGAAAAAAUCUCUCCAAAUGCGUAACUUCUUUUCUCCACAUAUUCUAUUCUUAUAGCAAAAAUAGUUUAAGACAUACUCAAGUUUAGAAAAUCUGGUCCUCACAGAGAUAGGUUUACCAAAGCGCACAUACACACCCUCCUCCAACGUAAUAUUGAACAUGCACAUGCAGUAUCUGCUGACUGAAGACAAACGUGUGUGUGUGUGUGUGUGUGUGUGUGUGUGUGUGUGUGUGUGUAGGCAGAUUGGUCAGUAGGAGGCUGGUCAUGUGAUUUAUGACAGCAUCUCCAUUUAAUGGCCCUGAGAUCGUCCCUGCCCUCUCCUGUGUUUCAGUGUGUGUGGGUUUUAUCUGCGUGUGUGUGUGUGUGUGUGUGUGUAUGUGUGCACGUGUGUGUGUGUGUGUGUGUGUGUGCUCAUGUAUUAUAGAUGUACCCCUCCCCCCUCCAUAGCUCAGUGAGCAGCCUCGUAACAACAGCAAACCUCCUCCUCCUCCUCCUCCUCUCGCCCUGAGGCUUUUUUAUUCCUUUAAUCCAGAGAAAACUUUUAAUUCACACGUUCAGCCAAUUAGAGAGCCUCCUGUAAAAAUCAAAAAGGUUAUCAAACCAGAUGUUUAUACUCCUGUAGGUUGAAAAACAGUCUGGUUUUUUCCUCGUGCGGCUGCAGAUGGCUGGAUGGCGGGGUCGUGAUGUCAUGCUGAUGUCACAGCCUGACAGGAAAAGGUGUAAGAGCUCCUGUCGUUCUCUGAGUCACCCUGACAGGAAGGGAAAGAUUAAUUUUCCUCUUCAGUGACGGUUAUCUCGGCUCAGGAUUUGAUGGCUUUAAAUUAGCUCUAAUUGACUACUUGCUAGCUUAAUUGCUACCAGUUCAGAUAGAUUACAGAAAAUGUUACAGCCUGUAUCACCUCACAGACACCAGCCUGACCUGAAAUUUGUUAGAUACUGAAGAUUUGACUAAAGAGCUUCUUUUGAAGGAAUAAAUGGAGUUGAGUGUAGCCACAGGCUUUGUGAAAUCCUCUUUAAUAAUUUUGUUAUUGUCUUAAAGUCUUUGGCACAGACACAUGUGAGCAUCCUCGAAGAUUUACGGGGUAUUUCCAGUAUGUCAUGAGCAAUUAUUACAACAAAUCGAACAUACAGUGAAAUGUUUAGACAGCUCCACAGCCCUACACAUCUCUUAAAGGCAUGGUUGACGAUCUGAGAAGCGAUGAAAAAACUGAGCCGUUGAGGCAGAUUUGAAAAAAGCGUCCCACCCCCAACACACAAACCUCUCCCCUCUGUGCUCCACGAUAACUCCCCCUACCCCCUCUGGCAGAGCAAGAAGCCGGCCGGCAGAAGAUCCUACGCUAGCUUCAAAUAGGAUUCACCAUGUCGGAUUGUUAGUGACUAGCGGCAGUAAACGCCAGCUCUGCUAGCGAGCUCUGUCUGCAGCUGCCUGGACAGCUACUGUGUUGACAUUUCAGAGACUAACAAGCAUUAUUUAUGUAACAUGUGCCAUGAUUAAAGGCAAAAAGUACCUGUUCAACAAAAACUCUGCUGUCUUGGCGUCUGUUUUCAUCCCAAAUCCUGGCGGAGCUUUCUCCACCGCUCAAAGGAUGUCCCGAUGUUUAGUUUAUUCGAGUUAGAUUCCUCGCUUGGUCACAUUUCCUCUUCGACUCUGCCCUUUCUUCCGUCUGCUUGCAUUUUCUUCCCACUUUUGGCGGUGGGGCAAGCAGAAGUGUUUUUUUCUGUCCUUCUCCAUCAGCUCAUGUAGCUAAGCUGCUACGCUACUUUUCGCUGCCCUGAGCUCCGAGGAGAGCCGGGGAAGUGGGAGGGGACGAGUCUGAACUACGGGAGACGGGUGUGUCCAAUACGAGCUGUCCAGGUUGGAUGACUCCCAUUGGUCAGUGUUCUUGCAGCCCUGCACCUGCUAGGGUGAACAGAUUUUUUCAAUUCUUUUUUCUCUUCGCUUUGUGGAGAUCGCACCAAAGGACCGUGAUCGCCAUAUAAACGAGGUUCAUAAUAAUUACCAAUAUCUCCGAUUGUCAACCAUGCCUUUAACACUGUAAUUGUUUUUAUAGACAGAGGUCUCUACUGAUCAGCUGACAUCUGCCCUCUACACUGAUUGGAUCUGUGAUAAUACAGAAAGUGGCUAAAACAGCAUUUAGCGUUUAGUGAGGUAGGAACUGUGGACGUGUUGCAGACUGCAGAUGUACAGUAUGUGAGCUGCUGUUUUUCUCUAAUUCAGGAGGGUCCUGGAGUCUUGUUGGUACCACCUUUUGUCGCCCAACCUGUCUGUAGUAUUAGUUUGUCUUCACGUUGAACAAUACAUAAACCCUGACUCCCUUUAUGUUUGGCUCAUGGGAAUGUAGGCAGCACAGAGGGCUGGUUUGAAUCCCCUGUUUCCCCUGCUGCAGCACAGUAAACAUGUGAGAUGGGGUAUAAAUAGUCUCAGGCCAAAGUCAUUACAGGCAGUUAUUGAAUUGAAUUAAGGUAUUAAAAGGUGGGUAGAUGGCUACACUAAGUGGCAACAACUCUGCCUCACCUCCCUCUACCUUUAAAUAGACUCCUGCAGCUAAUGCCUGACAGGAAGCUGAGCUGUGUGCUACCAUUAGCUCAUACUUACAAUGUAUGGAAAAACAUGACUGCAGACAAACAGGACUCCAGAGGCUGCCGAGCUCCCAGUCUGAGGGGCUACAUGUACAUAACAGGGGAAAAAAUAUUUGGAUAAACGUAUUAAAAGUGAAAAUACAUCCAUUGAAUUGUUUAAUAACACUUUAAUAUUUUACUAUGUAGAAAUAUUCUUCAUCACUGCUGCUCUUUUAUAGGAAUGAUGUGUUGUGCACAAUACUGGUUUUUAACUGACUGGGACUUGUUUGAAAAGACUGAAUAUUUGACCUGGACUUGUUGGGUAAAAGAUAAUUCUCUGUAGUUUUACGACUGUUUUUAAAAACAGUCCAGCUCUGACUAGUUUUGAAUGACUCGCGACUGUACUUGAUCUUUUUCUGAGUUGUAUGGGUUUCCAAGCAGCUUAAGAUUGGACUUGUUCCAGGACUGGAGACAAACCUGGACUUGUACUUUCAAACUCCACUAAAUCUAGCUUAACCCAUUUUUUACUCACUUGCACUUGUUUCUGUUAACUAACUGAAAAUGGACAGGGGAAAACCAUCACAUUCAUUAGGAACUUUUGGAUUGGACUUGUGCUGACAUGACUUGGGACUUGUCACUGACCUGUUUGAAUAACAUGGAUGUGUUUUGGAUAUCUCAAGAGCAUCACAGAUUGAGACUUUUUUGUAAUUUUUGACGUUAGACUUAUUCUAAUAACUUUAAUUAUUCUGUAUUUACUUGAAUGUCUAUUUUGAACAUUUGUACUUGUUUGACGACUUACGAUUUCACUCUUUAUCCAGAUUAUUUUGGAUUUAAAUCAACUUGGACUUGACAUAUUUUGACAAACUUGUGUCAAAUGACUUGGGAUUUGCAAAGGUCAGUUAAUGUAGUACUUUUAAACAGCAGGAAGAGGUUGUUUAGGAUGGAUGUUUAUCUUUAUCAAAAUAGCAGUGUUACUUUGCAUUUGAAAUUCAAGUUGCACCAGCAAAGUUACACUAAAUUGCACCAUUUAAGUAACACUUCACGUAAGAGGUGAUACUGGCAGUAUGUGAAAGUGACGUACUGCUAAGGUAACCAACUAGUAACGCUAAAGUCACACUACUUCAGUAAGCUUGCAGUGCAUACCAAAAGUUUCGCUGCGCCUCUAAAGUCAAACUAUUCCACUGAGGUAAUAUUGCACAAAAGUUACAAUUAACCCUAUGAGUACAAUGCGCCAUGAGAGUCGGGCAUUGCACUAGCAAGUUCACACCAGCCCAUAAAUGUACAGAGCGCCAUGAACGUCACACUGUACUGCUGAGGAAACAUCGUACAUUUAAGGUCUCAGCACACCCUUAAAUUCACAUUACGCUGCUUGGGUCACCCUGCGCCAAGGUGGUUUGACUGCACUGUUAAGGUCACACUGCACAACUAUAAUCACACUGCAAUGUGAAAGUCUGGCUCUGCAUGUGUUACGCUACACCGCCGAUGGCACGCCAAAGUCAAACUACACUGCUCAGGUACUCAACUUAGGUCACACUGACCUGCGAAGAUUACGCUGCACUGUUGACAUUUGUGCUAAGAUUACACUUCACCGCCAAGGUCACGCUGCCCAGCUAAAGUUAAGCUGUACCGCUGCAGCGUUACCUUGGAGGUUAAGCUGAAACUCAGGGGAACCGAUCGGCCAAGUCAACGUUGGAGUGGAAUUUUUCUGUUCGUGUUUUCAUUAGAAAAAAACAAAUCUGUGUCAUAGAGAUAUAAAUAUAGCUCACUAUCACCUGCAGUUGUAAAACACACACCCACCCACCCAGAAACCCACACACGCACACAGACAUCGAGUUGCAUGUUACCGCUCUCUGGGGAACAGGAAGUGGAACCAGGACGCCUGAAUGUUUCAGGAACACGGUAAAUUGAUCCUGAAGGACGUUUGGCUCUAAAAUCACACAAAGAGGUUCAGAGAGAUUUAACAGUCAACUGAGUACAGUUCAGUCAGGCAAAUAUCAUAAAAAAGGUUUUCUGUAAAUUGUUUGCUGUUGUUUGGACACUAAUCUGAUUGGAUUUCAGACCAAUUUUUCACUUUAGUCUACCUUGAUUGGGUCUGUUGUAGUUUGCCAGAAUUCACCAUUUCACCAUUUCAAGUCGUAGGUUGAAAGAAACUGAGACUUAGUGAAGACAGUACCGACUGCAGAGAUGGUGUUGGGAAAUCCUGGUCCUAAUCUUAGCUAACAGGUGAUCCAAAAGGCGCAAAGAUAGGAAUCUAACUUCAACUGUCUGGAUUCAAACACUGGUUAGUUAAGUUUGUUCUAAGUGAGCUGAAGGAAAUUCAAGCACGUUGAAUGCUCUUCUUCCUAAGUGUAAAUAUUUGGUUAUAUUUUUAUAUAAACCUGGGAAUCGUCUGCAAAGUAUUGAUCUGUCUCUGUGCUUCAUAUUCAGAGCAGGUGGGAGCGUGUUGAUGUGGAUCAGAGGAGCAAAGAGGAGCAGAAAUCAGACUCCUUGUUGUCAGAUGAGAGCAGACAGCUGGAGAGGGUGAAGGAAUAAUAACUGAAGGCGAGGUCACGCCAAAGACAGAAAAUGUGUCUUUCGGCCUCAAAGUCUUUUAAUCUGAGCAUAAAAAAAGAGAGAGAGACACCCACAGAUUGAGUUGAACUGUGACACUGAAUGAAGUCUCUGAAAUGAUAACUUGUGAGUUUAUCGAGUUCAAGAAUAAAGGGCCUGAUUUAAUGUGUAUUAGUUUUUACAGAUUUUCUUGUUUCCAGGAGUUGGUCGUGAUGAGUUUGGUGUCUUCAAAGAUGUUGAAUUGUUCUGAUAAAAAAGUGUUUUAUAGAUCCCUUAACUUCAUAAAGUAGAUAAAUAAGAUUUUGAGAAAUCAACAAACAUUCUGGUUUCACACAGGACUUAACUUCAGAUUUGUUAUCAAGCGGUCCAGUCUGGUUCAGCACAGUUUAAUGCAGCUUGGUAUUGUAAGCCCUGGUAUUGGGUGGUUUUCCACUGGCUGGUGUUAAGUCUUGUAGUCCUAAGUCUCGUGCACGACGAUCACCCUUAACAUACCUCCUACUCUUUUCUGGCCAUAACUUAAGUCACUGGACGCUGCUAUCUCUACGAACAGCAAUACUGGUUCAAAUAGGUUCAUGUACUUUGGAUUUUUUUAUGUAUUUUGGGCACAACUGUUAUUGAAUUUCAUAGUUUUGUUGAGUUGAUGAGUGUAAUUUAGCAUUUUAAGAGGAUAGUUUUUGGUAUCUACAGGCUUGCUUUUGCUUAGCUUAGCCCAGUUUAGCUCAAUAAGCAUAAUUGUGUUUAACAGAGAUAAAACCUUCAGAUUACUCAGUGUUGUCCUUUAACUUGGUCUAAUAACCUGUUCAAACUUUGUUGUUGUUUAAACUUCUCAAAACACUUGAAUGGAGCCCGCAGUAUUAUGUGUUACUUGUGUCCAUGCUAGACAAUCAAUGUGUGUGUGUGCGUGUGUGUGUGUGUGUGUGUGUGUGUGUGUGUGGCUUUCAUCAGUCAAUAAUCCAAUACAGCUUCAUCUUAUUAGUUAGCUGAUUUCCUCUCGUUUUGAAAAAACCGCAAGCACAGAUUUAUUGCACUCACUGUUGCUGUUUAAAUCACAUUUCUCCGAAUGUUUAAGAAGUUUCUGGUUUUAUAAUCAAAUUCAGACUUAUGACAUCGUAAACUCUGAAAUUAACAACAUUAUAGAAAAAAUAACACAUGAAAAAAUAAAGUUAAGAAAUUUUAUAAAGAAGUGUCUGGGAAAUUUGAGGGCUGAAUAAGGAAAGACUAAAUUCAGAAUUUAUAUAAAAGAUUAACAGGAUAAAUAUGUAUACAAAAUCUAAAUUGAAGAGUUUCUGAGUGAGUUCAAACAAGAUCACAAACGAACAAAAGUCAAAAAGCCAUAAAAAUGAAUCUGAGGAUAAAAAAUACUUCAAACAGCUUCAUGCCUUCAAAUAAAUCGCACAUUUAACCAUGCUCAGCGAUCAAUACUCUGUGGAGCAGCUCUGAUUGUGAAGCUCAGCUGUGAUGUUUAUUGGUGUGAUUCAUCAAUGAUAGAUCAAUACUUCAUUGAAGCUCAGUCAGAUGUGCUGCUGGGGGUUUAACAGAUGUUUCAGGGGAAACACUACAACAUACUCAGUGAACAUAUUUCAACAAUUCAGAUUUCUGAACCUAUAAAAAUACUUUAAAAAUAAUUAUGAAAAUACUCAAAUUUAUUAAGGAUAAAAACAUUGAAAUGCUGCUGAGGUUGUAAGGCAGUGAUGUAAAACAAUUAAUGAUGAAAUCUUAAAUCUUAAACAAGGGACCCGGGAUUGACCCCUGGGGAAUUCCACGUUAUGACGUCUGUAUGCUCGAAUACUAACUUGAGAAAAUAAUUUGUCUUGUGUGAAACAAUUGAGGAAACUACAAGAAACUAGAUGUUUAAAAUUAACUUUCUGAAACCAAGCGUGUACUUUAUCUCAAACCCAAAUGAGAAAUUGAAUUUUUUAUGGCAUAAAGCUGAUUUAUAUGCAACCAAGAGAUGGAAACAAGGAACAACCAGCGUAUGAUCUCAGGUACAAGUAAUGUUUAUGCAAAAUUAGGACGUGCAGAUAAUUUUUAAUUUGCCACAUGUCAAAUCAGAUUUAUAUGUCAAUAGCAAUGAGGUGUACAUCUGAAAUUAAUGAUUCGUUUUUUAUCACAUUAUUUGGACACCAUAGGUAAGCCGUCUUUCUGCUGCCUUUUUUUUUUUUUUGAGUUACCAUAGACCUGAAAUGAAACUAAAUUGAAGAGACAGAGAAAGCAGCCAAAGUAGAACUCCUGAAAAGUACAAAUAAUAUAUUAAAUUUCUGUGAUUUGUUCCAAACUUUGUUUAACUGAUGCCUUGAUGUGUUUAUGUUUCCACAGAGUGCAAUGACAAUACAGGUUAGAGACAGUUUAGAGGAUUUUUGUAAAAGAAUUCAGACCAUAUUAACCACAAACCAUAAACUGGAAACUGAUACUGAGCUAAUUUUUUAAGAUCAAAUAUUAACUUAUAUUUUCCUCUUUUUGUGAUUUAAAAAAACCUUACAGAUGAACGAGGCAGUUUGGACAGAAACCAGCUUUAAAUACACCUUAUAAGUUUAAAACAGUAGAGAGCCGCACUCAUGCAGGCGUUUCAUCCAAGCUAAAAUAAUAAUUUAUUAGUAAUUAUGAAAUAUACUGAGCCCUCACCUCAGUGCAGCAGCAGCAGUGUGAUGCAGGAGCCAACAGCACUGAAGCACUCUGGGUAAUCUGUUUUCCCAGGAUGCAGUGAGUCAUAGAAUCAAUAGAUAAUCUCCUUCUUUUAGUCGGGUGGCGGCUGGCAGGCGGCCUGAGAGUGUGUGUGUUUGUGUCAGUGUGUGUGAGAGAGAGUGUGUGUGUGUGUGUGUCAGCUGAACCCUCAUAAACUCUUCUUUUAGUCUACAUUACACCUAUAAGCACAUAGUCUUAUUACAGGAUAUUGUUCAGGUCGUCAUACAUUAUGCCGUGAGCAGCUUACCUCCUCAGACAGUCUAAUGUGAUCCUCUACAGUCUGAUCUAAACUCUAUCAACAGUUUGUGCUUCAGACGAAGAAUCUGGACUCAGAGGCUGGACUCCAGUCUGAGCAGUGUUCCAGUUUGCUUAUAGUAAAUUAGUAGCCAUGAGUACUUUUGACCACACAUAUCUCCAUAAUGACAUCUCCUCCCGAUCGCUGGUAGUCUAACAGUGAUCUACAGAUAUGUUCAUGCAGGUGAAACUAUCAGUCCUGUCUAACUGAAGGUUUCCCUCUAAGCCACAAAUCUUAUAGAUACUGAGAAGUAAACGUCACACAAACGUCAAAUGAUCUAUCCUUCUAUUUGACAAGAAACUUUUUAAAGGUUGUUUUCUUGUUUUUCUUCUCUUGAGGACAGACCUGACAAAACUUGACUUUUGACUUUUGACUAAUCUGCAUCAUGGUGUUGUUAUUUCAGCCAACUGAAAACCCAUUGAUUAAAGGAGAAUCCCAAGAACAUCAAUUUCUGUUUCAAGUUCAUACUGCUGAAGUAAGCCAGGGUGAAGCCUCUGAGUAACUCAGUAUUUACAGUGAAUCUCUGUCACUACCUUGACCAUUACCUCUUCUGGGUCUUCUGUUUUCAGCAGUUCAGCUUGUCAGAAAUUUGUCCUUUUGAAUUCCUCAAUCGCCAGCUGGUUUAUCCUCCUCAAACCACUGCAGCUCAGCUCUGACAUGCAUCGUCACUCCUUACAAAGAUUUUUGCAAGAACUCACAAUUUUUUUUUUAAACUAAUGGUCUACACAAAGUUCAAGUUUGUUUUAAUGUGUUGAUAGAAACCCUGCACCCCUGUUAACCUUCCUUCUGUGUUAGCUUUUACUACGCACCCACUAUGUUAAGGGUCGGUUUUGACCCGUGUCUCAAAUCAGCUGUAAAUUACACUAAAAACAAUUCUCUAUUAUCCAGUUUGGUUUUCAUCUCUAGGUUACCUUGUUAGGCUUCAUUAUCCAUGAAAAUAUUGACUAUACUAGUUUUUGUUGUGGUACUCUGGGCCUUUCUUUGUCAGUAUACCCCUCACACAGACAUCUAUACUGAAUUGAUCGCACAUGUCUGGACAUGCCCAAUGUUGUUUUUUGUGCAGGGAAAAACAGGGCAAAAUGAGAAUUUCCUAAAUCUCAUAUGAUUGGAAAAGAACUGACUGUCAGUGUGGUGCCUGACAGUGCAUUUAUGAUUUCAGUUUUUGCUCUAACUAUUAGAUAUUAAUCUAACCGGGUUAACAGCAACCCUAACACAACAAGUGCCAUAACUUUAAUAAGAGCAUUUUAUAAUAAAGUCAAUUUAAUUUUUUUAUUUUCAAUUUGUUGAAACUGAGGUUCCUGACAAAGUCAAAAAGUCUUGAUGUGAAAAACCUAUUUUAAGUGGUUCUUUUAAGCAUUUAAAAUCAAAAACAGGUCGGUGCAGACCCUAACACAGGAGGAGGGAUAAAAGUGGUCCAGUGUUGCUGACCAACAGAGAGCUGGUGCUACUUCAGAGCUGCUCUUUUCUCUCCAUCAAAAUACAAAUAGCUGGAUCCAGAUUGGGUUCUGACUUGGAACCAGCAGAGCUGACAUGGAGGAAAAGGUGGACCUAAUGAAGGUCUGAGACAGCAUUUAUAAAUUGUUGAUGUUACGUCACAGGAGACGAGUCUUCCAGUCCAUUACUAGCCCACCCCAAAAGCCCCUCUGCUUUCUUUCUUUCCGUCUUCUCUCUGCGUCUCUUUUUGUCCUGUGCUCAUCCCUCUGGCGCUGUCGGCAGUUUGACUGUUUAUUUAUAGGAACGUUGGAAUAAAGAAGACAGACUGUAUGUUUGCUGUGUGUGUGUGUUUCAGUGUGUGUGUCAGUCUGUUUCUUCUUCCUAUGUGCAGUCUGAACACCUGGUCAGGAUGGAGGUGAACACAGUAAAUUCCCAUUCAGUGACGUCCUCCAUCUGUUUCCUGUCCAGCUUCAGGGAUCGGGUCAAUUUCAGAGAAUAAGAUUUAAAAAUACAAAUUUGACUCAGAGGAAUAACAAACUGAAUCAGCAGUCAAACUUUAAACAUUAGUCAAUGAAGUGAUAUACUGAUCACAAUGAUAAAACCGUUUUAAUCCAAACAGCUGUGUGACAUUCACAUAAGAGAUGUUUUUCUGUUUCACUCGAGUUUAUCUAAUAAAACAUGCUAAACUCUCAGAUUAUUUCUACUCAAAAGAAACUCUGCUGUCAUUCUGUUUGACCUUUGGACAGAAUCAGUCAGGAUCUAAAAAUGACUAACUAUCUUUGUACUUUAUAUCAAAGAAUGCUCCACUGUUAUUUACUCUAUUUUGCAGCUGGAUCACAUGACUUAAGACUAAAACAUACAGGAUGCGUAUUUGGAGCGUGGUAGCAGCGUCGCGUGGUAGCAGCAUCGUGCAUCAUGCAGCGAAUAGGUUGCCAUUCUAAUCAAUUCAGCAAAGCAUACAGGACGCGUAUCAGCUCUGUCGCAGAAUCUGUCGUGAGAGCAGCACUGCUAAAGAUACGCGUAGAGUAUAUUUUUGCUGCUCUACGCUUCCAAUGUGCGUCAAUCUACACUGAGGAGAUCGUUCUAGACAGGAAUUCAAGCAUGAAAAACAGGCAUGUCCUGUGGUAUUUCAAAAUAAAACUAGACUGCUGCUUAUAGGGAACGCGCUCAAUACAGAUCCUUUAUGUUUUCGGCUUUAGUUUUUGUUCUGGAUACUUUUAUCUUUCAUCAUAGUUGGUCGUACGCAUAGUUUGCAGAUGUGCUUAUGGGUUGUAAAAAAGAAACACCUCUUGGUUUUGUGUGUUUGUUUCUGCAUAAAUGUAGAAGUGCACAUGAUGGAGAGCUUGGUGACGGUCUCAGUCCACACAUUUUGGAUCAUCUAUGCAGUUCGAGGCUAUCGUAGUUUUGUGGCAUCCUUAGAUCAGCGUCAUACUGUAUCAUGGUGUAUGGACACGAGGGUAAAAUACAUCUGACUAUCUCUGUGAGGCGCCCCCUGUAUAUCAGAAAGAACUGCAACAUGAACUGGGUUCUUGUUCGUCUGAGGCACAGAUGCUAUACACCACCUUUACACCUGACCACACCUCAUUUAAAGACCAACUCACCCACAGGCGCCAACAUGAGUUAAUUUGCUGUUAACACAGCCAGAGUGCAGAGCAUGAGAAUGUCGAGUGCACUGGGCGAAAAUAACAAUGACACCUGUGCUGCACGCCAUGAUGCUUUACACCAGUCUACAUUAGGACCCAUAAUCAUCUGAUUUAUCAUAUUAUCUGAUUCAAAACAAAAUUAAAUGUUUGAGUAAAAUAUUGUAAAGGAAAUACAUGGACAGUAUCUUCUCUUUCUGUAAAAAUCCGCCCAAUUCACAAAUUUUAAACUCGUUUAUUUAUGAGUGCCGUGGUGCAUUCAUGUGCUCAUAAGAAGAUCAGACCUCACAGUGACUGUCAAACAGAGUCACAUUAAUUAAACAGGCAGUAAAUGCAAAACCAAUCUGAAAACACAGGUUACACAAAAAAAUACUUCCUAGAAAAAUCUGAAAUUUUAAUAAAAAUCAGAUCAAUGACGAAACAUUUCUACAAGGAGAAAUCAGCGAGCGGUCACAGAGAGCACAGAUGGACUCUGGGUAGAGCCAGAGAUCCCAGAGGAUUGUGGGUAACUCGCCCCACUGCUGGCAUGGUCUGCUGCAAACACACACACACUCACAACCACACACACAUCCAGUGAAAUGGAGUGUGUAUCCAUGCAUGCACAAACACACACACACUCAGCUGGCAUCAGACACACACUCUGACACCUGAGGUCAACGUCCUGAUUUAAGUCUGCAUGACGGGAGAGAGAGAGACACAGAGAGAGAGAGAGAUAAAAAAGAUUUCAAUAAGGAAAGGAAAUGAGGAGAGAGCAGGAACGAGGGAAAGGAUAGAGACAUGGGUAGGAAAAAUACGAGACAGUGCACGAGUUAAAAAGCAAAGAGAGGAAGAAAGUAACAUUAGGAAAUGAAAAGAAAAGGAAAAAAGGGAGGAGGAAGAACGAGAAUAAAGGAGAGGAAUAAAGGAUGGAAGGGUGGUAUGAAUGGGAGGAUGGAUGAAAGAGCAUUGACGUGUUCAUGUGAGGAGAUAUUUGGGUGGCGGAUAAAUUUAACCUUCAGUCCAUCAAAUAGGCCCACAGGCUGAAGUACACUGUAAAAAAUGAUGCUGCUGUUUAACUGUUUUCAGUCAGUUUAAUCAGAUACUGAGGAGCUCGAGUUAGGGCCUGUUUACACUGACACGUUUAAAGUAGGAAACGUUAAACUUGGAGUGUUUUGUUGUUCUUUUCCAUAACAUGAAAACUGCAAUUUAAGUGGACUGAAUCUAAAAGUAAGAAAAAAUCUGCUGCUGACUCUGACAUAGGCCUGGGCAAUUUGGCAAAAAAAAAUUGUCACGAUAUAUUUUGUCGUAUCGUGCCAUCGCGAUAAUUAUCACAAUUUUUUUUUUAGACAGCAUCUGUAGCAAAUGUAGAUAAAUACUAAAUAAUACAGUGAAUUAGUUUACAGUCCUGAGUGUUUUUGCAGGUAUGCAAGACCCAAAAUAAAAACAAAUUGCCCCCUCAGAGAUAAUAAAGACACCUUAAAAUGUAAACAUUAGAUGAUGUAAGCGUAGAUGAUACGAUUGAUUGAUUGCUUUGGUCUGUUGGCUGCACCGCUAGUUGUAGCUAAACUGCUAAUGCUACUCAUGCCAUCAGCAGUGGCAGGCUGUACAGACUCUGCUCGCAUUUUCAUGCUUUCCGCAAAAUCACUUGGGAAGAACUUCUUCAGAUGAAUAAACAGAUCUGUUGUGUUGACGGUUUUUUAGGGCACUGACCGCCAACAUACCUUACACGUCGGCUUAAUUGCACUUAAUUGUCACUUUGGAGAUACCCGAACCACCAACACACAACCGACAAUGUAUAACUCCUCAACAAUAACAUCUUUGAAGGAUGACUCAAAGUCACGGCUGACAUCUAUUUUGCUGCCUCAGCUGCACGUUUAGCUCUGUGUUCGGUCAUUCUGUUUACUUCUCCAGAAACCUACAGAAGUGAGCAGGAAAAGCUCGACUCUGAUUGGCUGUCGUGACGCACAUUUCCACUAUGUUUGAUCAAGUAAAUAUGCUCACAGCUGAUCACCAUGAUCGAACUGAAAUUUAUCAUGUUCAUAUAAUCGCCCAGUCCUACUCUGCCAUGUUUGUCAUCCUUUCUCCAGUAAAGCGCAGAUUUCCUGUUCACUGUCUGAUUUUUGCUCAGUUUGCUCAGAGCUCUGUUUAAUCUUUAUUAAUGCACAGGUGCAUGUUCUUUGGCGGUGAAUAGUUACAUCUCUGUUAUGACUCGUCUGCAGAAUAUAACAUUCAGAGGAGUGAAGGUGGGCUGUAGUCUUUCCUCCAAUAAUCCUCUCUCAGAGGGAGUAACAGAGGAGAAAUAGAGGGAAGCAGGAGUUGACGUGUAGCCUCAGAGCAGACAGAUGUCAUGAUUAUACAGUCUGUGGGGUUCACCUUGUGCCUCUCACCCACACACUAACACACUGUGUAACGGUGAAGUGUGUAAGUGCUAAGGCAUAAUGUGCAGAAUUCAUCCUCAGUGGUGAUUCUUAUUCUCUAGAAUACAACUCUGCGGGGUUUUGUGGUGCCUUCACUGUCAUUUAUUGAUUCCCCUAUUAAAGCCCUCCACGUAUGUUCUUUGCAGAACAACAACAUGAUGUAUGAACAGCUGCAGUCAGUGCAAACUAUGACCGAGGAGUCAAAGGAGUAAUCAUGAAGACAGGAGCGAGCCCAACCUCUGACACCGCUGAAUAUUGUUAUGCUCACAGCAUCACUUCAGGGUUGUAUAAGAACAGCUCCUCAAUAUAUUCAUGUUACAUAUCUUAACGUUACUGAAGUCAGUGCUGAAGUAUUUCUAACCUGUCCGUUUUUUACAGUGUAGCAGCAGAAUACUGUCCUCUCUCUCUCCCCCUCCCCCAUCCUGCUGUAUGUGCUGCUUGCUCGCCCUCUCCCUCCGUCUCUCCAUCUCUAUCAUCACCCAUCCCCCACCCUCUCUCCCUCUCCUCCAUCUUUAUUCCUCUCCCUCCCUCCUCUAUCUUCUCCUCUCUCUCUCACACUCUCUCUCUCUCUCUCUCUCGCUCGCCCGCUGCAGGCUGUGUGUUCACUCAGUCACGUUAAUCACAUUAAUUUGCUCAUAAACACAUGCAUGUACACACAUGUGUUGUCACGUUUAUGGAUUCAAACUGCUGAGCUUUAUUAGCAACAUCACACGCAAACACACACAUUUUAAUUGGUAAAUAUUUAGACAAUAAUCCAGAUUUUAUAGAAAUAUUGUCUUAAUAAUCUCUCCUAAUAAUAAAAAUAAUUCAUUUUCAUCCUGGUACUCAUCUUCAUCUUCACCUCCCCUGACCUCAUGACCUGGUUUCUGUUAUCCUGCUCUGACUGCAAACAUUAACCCUUUAUUAGACACGCAGAGUACAUAUAUAAGAGGCAUAUUAAAGAUAUAAACAGCACAGUGUAUAUUACAACACCAAUUCCUUGAGGAUAGAGUAACAGUAGCAGGUGUUGAUAAAAAGAAAUGGUGCAAAAAUAGCAGAGUAAUCGCUGAAACGGAAAAGUCAUAGUUUUGUUAGAAAUGCUCUGUUUACAUUUGCAACAUUAACCCCGUUUAAGAUCGACUCAACAGGAGGUGAAAACCUGUCCUGUGGUCUGAUGAAGCUAAAUCAAAGUUCAUGGUUCAAAGCCAGAGAGGUCACGUGACACAAACAUAGAAAUAAAAGUGAAAACUUUGAUUUGUCUCUCAGUGCACCGCUUGUUUUCUUUAUUGCAGUUAUUGUGAUCAAUCAAUAAUAAUCAAACAGCUACAGUCAAAGUGCAGCCGCUGGUUUCUAAUUAAGGCUGGGAUUUGUGUGUUUGUGUGUAUACAUGCUGCCACACACACAGUCCUGCUGCUUUAUUACAGGCUUGUUUACAACAGGUACAAACACACAGAUACACCCCGCUGUCUUUCAGUGACCUUCCUCCCCCGGCCUCUCUUUCUUCCCUCUGUCUCUCCUUCCAUCUCCUCCUCCUCCUCCUUCUGCUGCUUUUCCUGCUUUUUGCUCCUGCCCUCAAAUACAUCCCAGGUUUCCUCCCUGUGGCAGUUUUGUUAAUUUACAUAAAUGAGGUUAACAGAAAGUGUGUGAAACGGAAAACAAACAUUAUUUUGCCAUUUACUUUUUUUUUUGUUUACUUAAAUAUCUUGAUAAAGACUUUAAAGCUCCUGUGAGGAGUUUUUAACAGACUGAUGUUCUGUUCGUACUGAUGCAUCUUCAUGACUGUAAAAGCAUGCAGGACCAUCAGUAAAAGAUUUUGAUCCCUCAGACCUGUGUUAGCGGGGAGGCUUCAGACCUCAGCAUGCGGAGGAAACAGCCGAGUUACCGUCAGUAACAUGUUUGACUGUUGACAGACAGCAGAAUGUGGUUUUAUUUUAUCAGACAUACAAUCAGGACAAGAUCAGCAAAGUGUUGACAUGUAUAUCUUUGACCUCAGGGCGUGCCAGAAUCGACACAGCCCGAAAGCGCCUCACAGCAGCUUUAACACGGUUUAUAUUAACAGCUGGAGGGUCAGAGCUGCUCUUUGAUUUAUCGAAUGUUGAAAGUGAUUUUACUGUUGUGUGAACCACUGAUCUGAUGAAAUGUUGGGCGUCUGUUCAUGGUGUUUUCUCUUUAAAUCAGUUAGUCUGUAUAUGCUGCUACUUUAUACGACGUACUGUCUGGUUUGCACACCGGGGCUUAGUCUGAAUAAGACCGAGUGUAGGGCUGCUUGAUUAUGGCAAAAAUCACCAUCACAAUUAUUUUGAUUGAUACUGAAAUCAUGAUUAUUAAAACUGAUUAUUACAAACAAAUACCCAUGAUUUGACAUAAACAUAAAGACUCUAAAUGAUUUAAAAGCCACAAUAUAUAAAGAAAACCUGUUCAGCCUACUGUUAUUGUUCACCUUAACAUGUCUGUUCACUUUUUUAAUCAGGAUUUAAAAAUGGGCUGUUCAGCAUAACCCCCAAUUUCCACCGCAUCCGGAACGGCUACGAAAAGGCCGCAUCCGCUGAUCGUAACUGAUUGUAACCAUUCAAGUUAAUGUUUUAAUUUCCACCAGCUUCUUUCUAUUUUGCUGCGGAUCGCCGGGACAAAUUUCACCCCGAUGACACCAUGGAUGAGGAGAUGAUUUGAGCAGAUUUUAGAAGUCUAGAAGUAGAUUUCCUCCUCUGGAAGGACACAAUCUACUGCUUAUAUGGUUAUGUGGCUAACUUUAUAGAGAAAACUCGUUAUCGCACGAUUGCACAUGAAUCUGCGGGUUCUUGUGAGUUCUCGCAAUUCCUGCUGUCCGUAAUCUGCCACAAAAUUCGCCUCACGAACGGAUCCGGAUGCGGUGAAAACUGGGGGUAAGUGUGUAUGUGGAAUUGGAAGGUUCUGCACACUGCCUCCAGUGGACUCUCAAAGAACUGCAGCUUUUAGCACUUCUACAUCAGCUUUAUAUUUAAUCAGUGGAGGUCACAGCUUAAUCCUGACCAUUUUAUUUCAAACUUCCAUGUAAAUAUGAAAUUAGACUCACCAUUUUGCAGUGUAUAACCUCUAGAAAAAUAAAACUCUCUAAUAUCCCCCAAUUCCCCUUUUAUCCAGACAAUAUCAGGCUGUAAAGUGUCCAAAAUUUUAAGAUUGUUUUAUUUUAUUUUUUUUAUUCCUAGUGGAGAUUUCUGCAUCUAAAAAAAGCCUUCAGGCGGAGGUCAGGGUUUUUUAGACUUGGUGUCUAUUUCCUGAAAGCAGCAAUGCAAACCACACACACAAACACACACACACACACACACACACACACACACACACACACACACACACACACAGAGCCAAAACUGAAUCUGCUUUUAAGGCUCAGAGUCUCCCUGUGAGAGCUUCACUUUUCCUGAGUAUACUGUAACUACGGAAACACCCGAGGGACAAAAACUGUAAAAGCCCAUCAGAGGAGGAGAUGAUAAAAUAUUAAUGACCUCUCUGCUCUGUAUUUACUGUACACAAACACACGCACAGAGACACACAAUCAAACACACACAGAGCCCAGCAGCAUCUACAGGUUCAGCUCACACAGAUCCGACAGGUGAUGACAUCAGUGCAGCAGCAGCAGCCAAUCAUAGUGAGUUCUGCCUUUCCUGCUCAAAGCCCAGACUACAGGUAUCAACCUGGGUCAGACAGAGACCUGGGUUCGAUAUAGACCGGGUCAGAUCUUUCUCCGUGUGUUUGUAGUCCAGGUUCUUCUGGCGUCCCUUGGUGAAUCCUCGGCAGCUCUCAGUCUCUGCUCGUCUCUUCAGCUUUGAUGAAUUAUUCAUCAAACUUUCCAUUUCCUCAAAGGCUGCUGACCUUUGACCUUUCAGUAUAUGUGUGUGUGUGUGUGUGGGAGAGAGAGAGAGAUGAACUGAGAGUUGCAGUACUUUAGAUUCAUGAAAUAAUGUAUUAGAGAAACACAGGCAGAGAAAUGAUCAAGUGCUUUCUUUAUGCUGUAUUAUAAAACACCAGCAGAGACUGUUUUCAUGUCCUGUUUGAAAAAAGAAAGGCAACCUUACUUAAAAGAAAAGCAAGCCAGAAAGAUUAAAGUCACAUUUUUGUGUCAAUAAAGUCACAUAUUUGUUAGACAGUGAUCACAUAUCUGUAAUAAAAUGAUGCUGAUGUGUGAGGAUGAUGUUGAAAAAGUUGCAAAUAUAUUAGGAUAAAGUUUAAAAUAUGUCUAAAAAAGGUGUUUCUGAGAGCAAAAAAGUUGCGAACCUGUGGGAAAUAUGUUGCAAAUUCCUGAAAACGAAAAUGCCAAAUUUUCCAUAAAAAGAAGCAACUUUUUGAGAGAAAAGUUGCAAAUUUGCAUGAGAAAAAUGUCACAAAUUGUAUGUGGAGUAGUCACAGGUGUGAGAGAAAGAGUUGCCCAUUUCUUAAAUGAUUUUAAUUUGUGAGAAACACAAACUCGGAUAAAAAGUAUCCCUAGCAACUUUGUCACUUCGUUUUUGAACAUUUUUAUCACGCUGCAGAAACUGGCCAGUAAAUGGAGGAUGCAACAUGACACCAAGAGAGGAGGUGUGACAGUCGCAUUGGUGCCAGAGUGCGACUUAAUUAUCUAACAAAUUUGUUGUUUUACGCUCUCAAAUUUGAGACUUCAACCUCAGAAUCUUACUUUUCUCCUCUAGCUCCAUUUAUAUAUUUGAACACCGUUAGAGUGGGCUGCAUAUUUGUCACAGAAAAUUAGAAGAUGGGCAGAAGUCUCGCUCUGCUGCGUUUGUGAGGGAUGAAAAUGCAGCAUAUUUAGAUGUUUCCAUUGACAGCAACUGAUAUUCAAACAUUUAUAUUUUGUCCAAAUUGCAAAUGAUUGCCUUCUGCUAUCCGAUAAUCAAAUGUUAAGAUGGUUGUUGGAUUUAAAAAUCUUUAAAAACCCUCUUCCUCCUCAGCUUCUCUUAUUUUUUGCCGAGUCUGAUUUCGCAGAGUCGUACGGUUUGCUGAAUGAAUGUCACUGAUGAAGCCAGUAAAUGCACUUUGGUUUUGCUGAUUUGAUCCUCAUUAUUUCAGUGUGUUACUCAUCAGUGUUUGUUUUUUGAUUAAGAGUCUCAGAGUCUGCUCCUGCCUCUAAAACUCCUCCAGACUAUGAAGGUGAAAGGUCAGCGGUCACAGCACCCUGUGAGAUCAGUUUCAGUCUUUUUGGCUCGUUCUCAGACUCUGAAGGAUGAAUGAAGUGAUCGUGAUUUCAGUUUAAUCUUUAUUAUGAAGCUGUCUCAGUUUCUGAAUCUUAUUCUGACCUACUUUCACUGACGUGGUGCAUUUAAGUGCUGCGGGGGAAUCAGGAAAAACAAACUUUCUGCUCUGAGACUAAACACAUUUAUCGGAGAGUCUGAGGUACUUUUACCGUAUCUGGGGUUUCCCUUCUUCUCCUCCUGCUCUGAAUCUCAGAGGGAAACUUCAUCCUGUAAUCCUCUGAGGUGUUUUAUUUCACUCCUGAGCCCACAGGGUUCUUCAAAACGAGCAGGGUUAAGCCUGAAUUAAUGUCUAAUGAACACAAGGAGGAGAAACGUUGAUUGGCUUCAUUAAGACUCUGCAGCAACCAACAUGAUCAGCUUUCAUAUCAAACACACACUGCAGAUUAGUUCAAACGAAACAGAAGUUCAGUGAUGGUUUAGGUGUUCAUGCAUCCAUGGAAUAAACUAAAAAAAAACACUGAGAAGGAGAAAUGAUGUUCAUCUUUACAGUGAGUUAUUUUACUGAAGGAUCCGUGUUUGGUUAACUUUGAUUGGAGGUUUUAUGUUUGGCUAUUUCACAGAUUUUUUUAUUUUCUGACUUAGAAGACUAACAAGCGUCCAGCAGGUCCAUGAGGUCAAAGGUCAUAGACAGACCAGUAAAACACUGUAGGAAAGGGUUAGAAUAAGAGAAGACUUGGCAAACAGGGUUAGACGUUCUGCACACAUAAAUCAGAUCUCCUCUCUGCAGUUUGUGUGAAAUUGUCGUGUUUUGAUUAUCUCCAAAGUUAAAGUUUCGUGACAGUCAAAGAGCUGCGGUGAAAAAAUGUUGAAUGAUUUUUGUACUUUUAUUUCUAUUUUUACUUUUUUAUAUUUUAAUUGUCAUUUCUAUUAUUGAUCUGUGAUCAGGAUUUAGCUCCAAGACACGUCCUAUAUGUAAACAUACAACGCAUUGAACCAAUCUGACCCCAGAUAAGGGUCCUGAUCAAGAUUCUGAUCCCAGUUUUAACCCCAAAUUAAGAUUCGUACUGAUUCUGAUGCCUAUUAUUGAUUCAUAUUUUGAUCCUGAUUCUGAUCCAGAUCCUGUAUCUGACUCUUAUCCUGAUUUUGUUUCUGAUCCUGACACUGCUCCAGAUUCUGAUUUUGAUUCUAAUUGUUGUUGCCAUUCCAAUUCAGAAAGUGAUUCAAAUUCUGAUCCUGGUUAUGAAUCUGAUUUUGAUUUCUGUUCUGAUUCUAAAUCUGAUUCUGACCCUGAUCCUGAUUGAAUCUGAUCCUGGUUCGAAAUAGAAUUCUGAUUCUGAUAUUGAUUAUGAUUCUUAUUUCUAAUCUGAUCCUUAUUCUGAUCCUAAUUCUGAUCCUGAUCCUGAUAUGUUUUUAGUCAAACAGGCACCUUUGAUGUUGACAAUGUAUCACAUAUCCUUUGCUCCUCUUCUCUCUUGGUAGUGGUGAGACAUCCAGAUGUCAGAGUGUGUGUGUAAAACUUGUGUGUGUGUGUGUGUGUGUGUAUGUGUGUGUGUGUGUGUGUGUGUGUGUGUGUGUGUCAGCAGCUCUUUGUCACACGUCUUAUCAUCGCUCUGCAGACAUGUUCGUUGUUUUGUCUCUGUUUCUGUUUCCCAUCAUGCUCUGGGGCAUUCAUAGAAACAGGCCCUAGUGAUUUCUGCAGGUCUGGACUUUAGAGGGUCACUAAAGGGUUUGUGUGACCCGGGUACAGCCUCAGGUUUGGCCUGUACGUCCCUGCACGGCUUAAAUCAAAGUUCUCCUCUAGAUUCACACCGCAUGAAAAAAAAAGAGUUAGAGAGGUUAUUAUUUAAAAACCGACCAAUCAGAUCAUCAGACCAAACCAUUAUUCUUACGUGUGCACAGCAUGCAAGCGUGUGAGGGAUGCUGGAAUAUUCUGACCUCUGGCAUUGAGCAGAAGUGAAGCAGACAGACUGAGAGCAUGCAGCAUCAUUAUCACACUCACACCUACACACACGCACACACUCGGAGUCAGGUGUGUUGGCAGGUGAAUGGAGGAUGCUGGUGCAGAUUCAGGUGAAGACACCAGAGGAGAUUAUUUCAUGUUUAUGGUUUUAAAGGAACGUUCCAGUCUGACUCAUGGCAGCUCAGCUGAUCUAACAAAGAGAGUACGCUGGCACUGAAGUGCAAAACAUAACAAAAAAAUGAGUGAACAUCCAGAGGAAAUAAUAGUUAUCAUUUUGACUUUUAAGGUGGCUCCUCUGAUUCAUGAUUUCAACUCAUAAACUGGAUAACUUGAGAGAAAUCAGUCCACCUCAGGAGCUGUCAGACUGACUCUCUGGUCUAACUAAUGUAGCUCUGAGAGCGAGUUCAAGCAGCCAACUGGAGCUGCUCCAAUCUCAUACUUACCUUGUAUCAUUCGGUGCGUUUACAUGCAUGGCUUAACCGGACUAAGAUCAUAAUUCGUUUUUUUCACCCUGAAUCGGACUUCUCUCCUUGUCCACGUAUACAUGCAGCUGAGAAAAUCAAAUUAUUGACAUGAACGUGUCCUCCUCCCCAAAACUAGGGGUCAAUAUGGGUCUUUUCAGGGGCCCUGUUUCCAGACCUGGAAGUCACAGUGGGGUCGAAAUCGACAUGUUUGAUUAAAACACACUGAAAUGACAUGAAGGAAACCCCACCUCUCUUACGUUAGUUGGCGUGUUUAUGCAGCGGGAAACUAUUUUCUUUACUAGUCUGGAAUGGACUUAACACUAGAGAGGAUCCUCAAGCUGAUAGUUCAAAGAUAACUGCAGAAAUUUAAAAGGUUUAAAACAUGCAGAAAUACAAUAAUUCAGAUUUUUAUAUGGUGUGAAAAUGUAGAAAAUGAAGUGAUAAAAGCUGUUAAAUAAAAAAACCUUGAUUUUAAUUCUGAAGGGUUAAACCGUCUGAUCGUCUCAGACUCUGAGCAGUCAGAGGGAGAUUAUUGUGUUUGUGGCAUCUUCAGUGUGAGUGUGUGUGUGUGUGUGUGGGUGUGUGUGUCUUCUGCAGAGUCAGUGUGACGCAGGGUGAGGAGGGGGAGGGCAGAGGGGGGAGUAGAGAGGGCACAGAGGGACAGGCGGGCUGCAGUGUGCACACAGAGAUGCAGAAACAGAGAGCUGCAGGCGGGCUGCUGCUACAUGCUAAGCAGCUAGCAAGGCUAACCCUCAUCGGAUCACAUGAUUGACCUCUGCUCUUAAAACCAGCCGAUCACCAUUUAAACCAGUUUGAAUAUUCAUUUCAGGGAAUUAAACAGCUUUUAUUCUUUACAAAUGAUCCAUUUAACCAUCUAACGUCGAUUAAGGAUGUCUGUGUUUUUAAUCUCCUGUGAAUGGAUCAUGUCUGUGACUUUCAAAGUAAAUCCCAUGCUGCUGUUUCGUUUGUGUCUCCAGUUUGAGGUGUUAGGAUUGUGUUGUGCUGAUGUGACCUGGGAAUCAAGUUAUAAUGACUGUGAGAAGCAGUCAGGUUCAUCGAUGAAACACCAUGUCACAUUAUUGAUGCAACAAACUGUUUAUUAUCAUACACACACACACACACACACACUCUACGAAGAAAGCAAAUCAGUGUAAUCUGAAACUGUUUACGUUCACAGAGCGUUUGCUUUGGUCUGAAUGACCUGAGCUCACCUGAGUGCAGACUGACAGUAAGGGUAACACAGCAGACUUUGAUUUGAGGCUCUGUUGUUUUAGUUUAAAUACUAAAAAUCUAAAAAAGAAACUUCCUGUUUUUUCUGGUUUGAAUAUUUAUGUUGGGCACUUUUCUUCAUCCCUAAAAAGAAAUGAGGUCUCAGAUGAUUUUAGUGCUCUGGGGCAAAACUGUUGUGUUACUGAGCUACCUUUUGGUUUUUCAUGUCAGUUUCCUCUGGAUUCAUCAGCUUUUCCCCUGUUUCUCAUUAUAAUCUCAGAUGAACCUGCAGCUCUGUGUUCAAUCGGUUCCUGAGAUUAUGAAUUGUUUGUUUCUCUAUAAAAGAAAAGAAACCUGACAAACCGACAGACCAACUCUGGUUGAGUUUUGGUCUCUGAUCAAAAAACUCAAUUCGUUGAUGUCAGCCGUUGUUAAUACGGAGAAGAAAUCACAGUAAUCUCUUAUCUUAAUGUGUUGCUGAAAAUUAAUAAAGAUGAAAUGAUUAAAUCUCUUCUUCCUCACCUCUCUGUCUGCAGGCUAAGGACAGCGAUGAUGAUGAGGAGGUGGUGCAGGUCGAUAGGGACCACUUCAUGGACGAGUUCUUUGAACAGGUAAGACCUAAACACGCACAAACACACAUAAUACACAUCCAACACAGUGUAUAUUCUGGGUGUUUAGUGAAACAAAAGAUGCUUUAAUUUAUUCAGAUAAAGAAAUUAUUAUCUAGAUUUUAGAUUAAUGUUUUAUUUUUUAGAUUCCUGUUUUUGAACUGUUAAAGCUCUUUUGGUUUUCUUACUCUGGUGGGACCAUUCAACACAAAAUUCCUCUAUUUGCAGAUUUGAUGCAGAAAGUGAUGUCUGACAAUGUCCAAAUAAGAGAUGAACAGAGAGGAAAUAUCUCUGCACACAAGCUCAGUUUCUAAAAUGGUCCUGUAAUUCUGGAUUAUAACUGAAAGCUAACAGAGUAUAAGGUAGAGAUCUCCUCUGAGAGAACAAAAGACAAACCAGCCGGUCAGAGUGAAAUAUAUCAAAACGUCUAAAGAGUUGAAGAUGAACGUGCUCAUCAGUCUGUAUUAUCUGAAUGCAGAGGUACAUUAUUAUUUAGUUUAUUUAAUUACGCUGUUUUCUGUCAACAUUUAAAACCUUUGAUCAUUCAGUUGAACAUUUUAAUCUGUUAAAAUUCAACAAAAUUUCAUUUAAAAUCUUUAAACUCAGCAGGAAAAAUUCUGAAGUUGUUUGUGGCGUGGGAGAGCGGUGACCUUCAGUCCACUGUGGAGGGUAGAUUAUCCUCCUCCGCCGAUAGACAUCGACUGGCACAGUGCACACACACACACUCAAACACACACAUACACACAGAGAAACACAGAUUUGGUGUUAAUCCUCCACCUGAGGGCAGGAAGCUUCAGAGCUGAUCAUCGUCUUCAGUUUUUGUCUUUGCGGAAAAGCUGAUCAUCAGAUGAAGGGAACUGGAAAGUUUUACUGGUUGUUUAUGAACUGUUUUUAACGUGUGUCUGUCUGUCUGUGUGUGUGUGUGUGCGUGUGUUUGUUUGUGUGUGUGCAGGUGGAGGAGAUCAGAGGCUGUAUAGAGAAGCUGUCGGAGGAUGUGGAGCAGGUCAAGAAGCAGCACAGCGCCAUCCUGGCCGCACCCAACCCUGACGAAAGUAAGACAAUCACACUCUGAUACCUUUCCAUACCUGUGAGGACCAACACUUACUGAGGUUUUGGAAAAAGAAAAAAACAAAUUUGGACCUUUUUUAUUUUUUUGGGAGCUUUGUGUUUCCUUCGACUUCUUAGAUGCUCUGUAAUAAACUGGGCAGGUCAGAUAACUUCAGACACUCAACAAAUAAGGUGACCUGUCAAUCAAAAAGGCCACGCCCCUAUUUAACCAUUCUUUAAAUCUUUAAUCUGAUGUAAAGAGGUGGGUUCUCGAUAAACUCGAUCUGUUCAGGUGUCAUGAACUGUAAACUAAUCUAUAGAGCCCCAAAUUGUGUGUGUUUUUCAGACUGGAAACGUGUUUAUUUCUACUGUAGAGUUUAAACAUUUUCCUCUAUGGGGACUGACUCACUGUAGGACACAGCCUCUAGUGGACAUUUAAGGAACUGCAGUUCCAUACACUUUAUUAAUUGCUUUUCUUUUUUUAACCCUUAAAGUUGCAGGUCUGGUGUAAAAAAGUAGUAUUUUACUGAAUUCAGCAUAAGUUCCUGGAACCAAUCAGCAUUUAGGGACAAUAGCUAUGCUGAGUUGCAAAGCUGCACCCCCUUUCUCCUUCCUUCUCUCCAACCUUUCUUCCUUUCUUCACUCCCUAGCUCCCCCCCUAAUCCCUUCCCUCCUAUUUUCCUCCCUUCACCUCGGCCCACCUCCUCCUGACACGUCAGUUAAAAUCAGAGCCGUCAGAUACAGAUAUAGAGCUCUGUGUUUUCAUCGUGACCCCGGCUCGCUGUGACUCAGCAGCACUGACUCAAUGUCACCGCUGAAGCCCCGAGCCGAGUCUGUGCUGUCACAAAUGCUACACUGUAAAAAUUAAGAUAAAAUAGGAGCUUGCCUGGAAAAUCGCUUCAUCUUUAUCCAGGGGCGGGGCACAGAAAUAACCCAGCUCUCUGAGUUUGGACAUCCUCUGAGACACCAAACAAAUCCAGCCUCGAGGUCUAUCAUUAGAUUAGAUACAGAGAUUCCUCCAAGUUCAUCUCAAGACGUCAGACAGGAUGGCUUUUAGCUUGUUGCUGGGCAGAAACAGUUUGAUGAAUUUGUGUACAACCGUUAUAAUGUAAGAGUCAGGAUACUGUCAAAUGUUAAAUUAAAUUUAAUAGUAUUAAGCUCAGACCUCAGAGUGUCUUUUUUUAUACUACCAAACCUAUGACAAUCAGAGUAAGCCCCGCCCUAACUCCUCCCCUGGACCAUAAUUUCCUAAAUUAACAUCAUGCUUUAUGAAGAAGAAUUUUAACUAGAUAAAUAGACCAUAAACCUGUUAGAAAAAUGUUCAUUGAGGGGAUAAAUCAGCUGAAAGGAGGAACAUUUUCUCAUGGAGUGCUAAAAAAUUAGACUGCAACCAGUUGAGGCGCCACCUGCUGGACAGUAGGAAGAAAACAAGUUCAAUUUGCCUCAUUUUAGGUUUAACUUUGUCUUUGGUGUAUUCCCGAGUGCUGUUUGGUUAAAUUUGGGUUUUCAGUCUGAGCUCUGUAUUGAUUAAAUGCUGUUUUUUUUUAACUCUGUAUUUGUUGAAUGCUGGUUAUAUUUCUGAGCUCUGUAUGGUUAAUUGAUAGCAUUAUCUCUAAGCUCUGUUUUGGAUAGAGACUGGCAUUAUUCCCGCCCCUCUUUGGCAUUUGCUGCCGUCUGCCUCAUAUAAGCUGCUCUCUGUCUGCUGUAAAUGAUUAAAUCUGAAUAUUGGCAGCUCUGGGCUUCCUUACUGGACGCCGGCCGGCUGUGAAUCAGAGUGGUUUUUUUUUUUAAAUAUUCAUCGUCUCUUCAGACCUCUUUGAUAAACCCUCAGGAUGAGAAACACUCGUCCGUCCUCUGGUGUUUUUUUCUGCAUGGUUGUAUCUCAUGAUUUUCUGCAUGUGGAUGUUUUCUGUUCAUGCAUGAUCAAUGAUUUUUUUUUCUUCUUUUCUUUCUCCUCCAUUCCUUCUUUUUUUGUCUCUUUUGGACCUCCUCUAUUCCUGCCAUCUUCCCUAAUCUCCCUCUCUUCCCCUUUAUCCUUCCUACUUUCUCCCCUUUCUUCCCCCUUCCUUCAUUUGUCUCUUCAUCUCUCCUCCUCCCUGUCAUUCUUCUUUUCUCCUUUUCUUACGUACUCUUUCUCCCUUCCUUACAUCCAUCUUUCCUCCUUACAUCCUCAUAAUUCCUCUUAUUUCAUACCUCCUUUCUCCUUUCUCUUGGUUUUCUUUACUGUUGUCCUCUCUUCCUUCUUUCCUGCCAUUAUUCAUCCCUCCUUUUUAUCUUCCUUUCCUUCCUCCCCCUCUUCCAUCUUUUAUUUCUUCCAUCUAUCCCUCCAUCCCUUCUUCUAUUCACCCAUCUUCCCUUCUCUCCUUUCUUCCUUCUCUUCCUCUCUGCUACCUGUCUUCAAUUCUUUCCCUCCUUCAACCUUUCUGUCACCCCUCCUCCCUCUUUCCUUCCUUCCUCCCUCCUUCUCUUCUACCUUCCUUUUUUCCCUCCUUCCCGUCUACCCUCCUUUCAUUCUUUUCUUUUUCUUUUCAUGCGUCUUUCCUUCCCUUCCUUUUUUCCUUCCUCUUUCCUUCCCUUACUCCUUUCUUUCCUCCUUCCUUUCUAUUUGCUUUCUUUAUUUUCUUUCUUACCCUUUCUCUUCCUUCCCUCCGUCCUUUUCUCUGUUUUUUCUUUCUUCUUUCCAUCUUUUUCUCCUUCCUGUCUUCUUUUAUUGUUUUCGUUCUUUUAUUCUUUCUUAUCCCCUUUCCUUCUCUCCAAUUCUUCCCUCCCCUCUUCUUUUCUUCCCUCCCUUCUCCCUUAUUCAUUUACUCCUUUUUGCCUUGCUUUCUUACUUCCAUUCAUUUUUCCUUGUAUUUUCUUAUUUGUCUCUUUUUCCUUUUCUUCUCCUGUCCUUCAGUUCCUCCUUUCUUCCCACCUUCCUUCCCAUGUCUCACCCUUCCUCCCUUCCCUCCAUCCUUGUUUGUUUGUCUGUUUUUGUGUUUUUGUGUUGCAUGCUGCUGUGAAGUCUCUGCUGGUUCAGGUGUUAAACCUGAAGUUUACCUGCGAGGAGAGGAAAGAGUUAACGCCUGCAGACAUGUGAGUGAUGAUGGAUAGAGUCUCUGCUCUCGUUUUUCAUGUAAAAUAUACAAAAAAAAGGGUAAAAUGUCAAAAAUUCAAAAAUUAAAGGAAAGUCAGCAUCAGCUCAUAAAAUUUAGUGAAAAAAAAUUACAUUCAUCCUUUAAAGAAGAAAAAAAGUGCAAACACUGACAUAAAACAAUUUUUUUCUGAUUUAUGGUGAAAAAAAUGAUUAGGUUAUAUAUAUAUAUAUAACAUUAUUUUCAGAAUUAUAAUGUGUGAUAAAUCUCAUUAAGAAUUUUGAUAAUGUUAAUUUCUCUUGUACUGAUCAUGAUAUUUAUUAUCAUUAUUAAUUUCCAUUUAAUAAAUGUCCUGAUAAUAAUAGAGAUUGUAGUCAGUUUAUUUGGUCAGCUGGAACAAAAUUUAUCGACUUUAUUUUGUAGCAUAUCAGGCUGCACUAUAAAUGUCCCUCUAUUGUGAAAACAAACAACAGGGGGGCUGCAAGCUGAGCUGCCACCUUGUUAGCGUCAUUAGCUUGUAUUAAAAACAGUUCAGAUGAUGAAAAAAUAUUUUGAUCCAGUUAAAGGACAAAGUAAAAAAAUUAAGGGUCGUGUUUGUGUUUAUAAAUCUACAGCUGCAGUUGUACAUUACAUGUAAGUGGUAUCAGAAUCAACCUUUAGGAUCAUUUAUUGUCAACUAUGUUUCGAAAGUCUGGCAUUAUUAUUUUUGUUGUAUUUUAAAAGGCCUCACCUUCUCUGUAAGUAUGAGUUUACCUGAAUCUUAAACUGCCUAAACCUACAAAUGAGCGGUCAGUGAUGUGCGAUGAAGAUGCAGCGUGCUGUGAUGAAGACUCUGUCAUUUCAGGGUGAAACAUUGGCUCACAGAUCAGACCGGUGUUGUGUAAAAAAAAUCGUGCCGUGUUAAACUGAGUCGACAUUCAGACUCUUCUUCCUCCCUGCGGUGCAGACAUGUCACUUCUCUUCUUCUUCUUCUCCUCCUCCUCACUUCUGGGUCACUUGCUCCUCGCUGCAGCGCACCAACACACUAAAUGCAUUCCAGUGUUUCAGCCUGAAUAAUGCAUGAUGGGAGUUGUAGUGAGAGUGGAGGGGACUGAUGUAGUUUCACUUCCAAACCGCAGACGACCAUAAACACUUGGAUACUCCUCCGUGCAUGAUCGCUCCAUUUCUACCAGCACCUGCCUCUCAUUGGCUGUUAGAACUGUCGAUCAAAAGAUCAUGUUUUAGCAUGCAGCCAAUCAGCAGGUUCAAAAUAAAUUGAUAAUUUUGGAUUAGAGAUAAAAUAAAAUGCUUAUUUUAUAUGUAUUAAAUCAUGUUAAUCCACUAAAAUGUUAUUUUUGUCACAAAAUAUAAAUUUUUCUUACAAUAUUAAAGGUUUAAAUUAUAAAGUAAAACUUAUUUUUAGAAAAUUAUGACUGAAGUCGCAUGUGUGUGUGAAAAACCCACUCAAAUCCCUCUUAUAGAUAACUCCACCAGCACUAAAUCUGAUCCUGUUUUUAGCAGCUUUUCUGCACAAUCAGAGGAAGUCUUUUACUGUUUCACACACAGUGUUCAGCUUCAGCAUGUGAGGCCAGUAUAGCCUUAGCAUCUAGUGCUAGCAGCAGCUAGCGCAGAAGAGAGCAGAGAGGAGGUGGGAGGCGGUCAGACAGAGAGGGGGGAAGAGGGGGAGAGAGGGGUGAGUCAGAGCGAGGGGAGGCUGAAUGGCACUGCAGCGCUCGUAAAUCUGACUGCACUGCUGCAGUUAUCACACACACACACGCACACAGACACACACACACACACACACACACACGGCCUCCCUCCCUCCAACAUGGCUGACAUGAUGUGAUGUUACUGUUUCUGCACACACAUCAUCAAACACCGACUUCACAUCCUCUUCUUCUUCCUCUGUUCUGACCUUUUUGAGCGUCAAAUUCAGUUUCUGAGACACACACUCCAAACAUGCCAGAUGCUCAGAUUUAAGAUAAAAUAAAAUAAAAUACACAAUGCGGUGCUUCAGACUGUCAGACCCUAAGAGUCUCAGAGUCAGAAUGAAAUAAAAUGCACAAGAUUUCUUAUGUAACCCACAAGCACAAAUGAAUAUGGAGCUCGAGCUUUUCUCUCGACAACUCUGGGAAAACCCUUCUGCAAAUAUGUAUUUUUUAAUCUAAUCUUUAUUUAACCUGGUUAGUCCCGUUGAGAAAAAAAAAGUCUUUUUCAAGGGAGAUCUGGUCAAGAUGGCAGCAAAAACACCAAGCUGCCUGCACAGACACACAGGAACCACAGUACAGUACAUAAGCACUAGAAUUUACAUAUGAAAAGAGGAGCUAUCUCAGAGACAUAAAUUAUGCUGAUAUGCUCAACAUACUUCCAACAGGCUUGGAAAUACAAAUCAAAGAGUGAAAGCUUGACUUUUAGUGCUACCGCUAGGGGACGCUGUGGUUGUGAUCAAUUUUUUCCACAUGAAUGUGUUCAAGCCCUGACCUUUUUACACAAAUGGUGAGUUUGGGUCAGAUUGGAGCGCGCAAGGCUGAGAUAAAAUGACUUUUACCCCAAAUUUCCACCACAUCUGGAACGGCUAUGAAAAGGCUGUAUCCGCCGAUCAUAGCAGCUGAUCGUUACCAUUCAAGUUAAUGUGUCAAUUUCCAUCGGCUGUUUUGGGAUCCGCUGUGGAUCGCCAGACUCCGCAGCCAAUCGCAAGAGUUCUAUUUUUUCCGGACGCCAGAGCAUGGCGGAUAAAUUCAGCACAGAUUAACCCGUGCUGGAAAGGAAGUUGGGCACAGACACAAAAUAAAAUAUCCAGUUUCUUUUUAUAAUAAAACAGGCGGAUCAUAUUUCACACCAUGUAAACGGGCGGAGUUGAGUUCUCGUGAUUACCGCUGUCUGUAAUCUGCCACGAAAUUCGCCUCACAAACAGAUCCGGUAGGAACUGGCGGAUGGCAAAAACCGCCGCUGUUCUUGAUUGGAGCCGUUUCGGAUGCGGUGAAAAUUAGGGGUUAGAGGUUUUAGGGGUCUAACCACACUCAAUGACAAAAACUCAAGCUUCUGAGAACCUUUGGUCUCUAGUGUGUCCACAAUGAACAGCGUCUUUAUGAAGAUGGGUGCAAGAGGGUUUAUUUUGUCGGUCUUGAUGUGACAUAUUUGCAUAGUGUAGCUUAUAAAUGUAGGUGAAAUAAGUGCUUUGGGAAGGAUUUCAUGAGGGCGCUCUAGAGCAACUAUACUCAAGGUUUUCACACAAAGCACUUGCAAGAUCUUAAAUCCACAUACGCCCAAUGGGUGAGUUUUGGGGCAUGUUUAGACCUCCAAAAAGGCCAUUCAUUUGGGAGAGAGAAUAAUCUCAUGAGUGGUGCGUAAAGGGUUCUCACACCCUUACUGCUGAGGCCCUAAAAUCAGAUAACGAAACAGAGCCGUAAUAAAUGUUGGGAUAAAAUGUCAUAAUGUUUUAACUUUGUUGCUAAAUCACUUCUCUACCUCUGUCUUAUUUCCUCUUUACAGAGACCAAGCAGGAGUUGGAGGACCUCACAGCUGACAUCAAGAAGACAGCCAAUAAAGUCCGCUCAAAAUUAAAAGGUACGUUCUUAGAAAGCCUCUCAGAGGAUCAGGUGAUGAAGGUGCAGACAGGUGAGCUCCAGCUGACAGUGUGAAACCGUUUAAGUGAUGAUUCAGUGGAGGUGUGGAGGUCACUGCAGGAUUCACCGCUCUGCCAAACAAUCUGAUUUUAAACCCGUCCAGUUUUUAUCUGCACACAAAGAAAAAUUACAACCAAAAGCAAAGGAGGCAUUUAACUUUAGACUCUGUGAUGAAUGAGGAGAACGCAAACUGUCCCUGAACGCAUCACCUCCAUGACUAAAUCAACCUGUUUGUAGCAGAGAGUCUGGAGCUGAACCUGACUGCCUCUUCACAGGGAUAUAUAUUCCCAUUGGUUUCUAUCUAACAUCUCCUCUAGCGCCACCAGCAGGCUGGUUGUCUACAUUUUACAGUGAUGUAAUUUUUUAUCAACUUCUAUAUAAUAUUUUUUUUAACAAAGUAUCUUAAUUAUUUUAAAUAAAGACACAAUACAAUUCAAAAUACAUUUUGUUAUACUCAAACAUAAUCCCAUCCCACCACCCUAUUACACCAUUGUUGUUAUCAAUGAACUUUCAGCAAAUUAACUUCCUAUAUAUUAAACCAUUUUAAAACCUAGGUAGUGCUUCACCAGUCGUAAAUAUCAACCAAUCAGGUAUCAGCAGACUUUAAGUUUGCAGCCUAUGAAGACACACAAAACAAUGUAAUAAAAUCCAGUUAAAGGACGUUUGAAUUAAAGUAAAAAAAAUACCACGUGUAUAUGAAGUAUUCAUAUGUUGGUGCACAGAAAGAGCACAGAUCUACAGAUACUAGAAUAAGCUAAAAAGGAUUAAUCUGAUUGCAGAUACAGCCUCUGAUUAGUCAACAGACUAAAACAAAGACAGUAGCCUCUUUCUAGUGUAGUCAGCUGACCAUAGUCAUAACACUAUUUCACUAAAAUGAAUCCAUAAGUGAUCAUGAAUUACCUUUUUAUUUGAGGGACUGAUUCUGGACAGUCUCUAGAAUUCUCCCAUCGGCUCUGAUGCAUAGAAAAACUGCUGGAUGUCACAGAAACACUGAGAGUUUAUCACCGGAAAGCUGCUGGUCUCACGAAACGAGUGGAUUUUAAUCCAACACAAUCUUACUUUUUCUAGAUGCUUAGUGAGGGGUAAAAAAAAACUGUUAUUUUCUGGUCAAUAUGAUUACACAAUCACACUAAAAAGUUAUCCUAUAUGUAAAUUAAGAAAUGAUAAAAACAUCAAAUGAAUAUCUAAACACUACAAGUCAACAUUGAAGCACCUUUUCUGAAGCAUGCACUUUUUUAUCUCUGCUUUGAACACACAGUGGCUUUAUAUAUAGAUAAUUAGGACACUCAACAAUAUCUCUGUUACUGGCUACACAGAGAAGUUUGUCAUUUUUUAUAAAGACAGAAAUUAUCAUUCGGUCUCAACAUCAAGACAAAAUAAGACUGACUUCAAACAGCUUGGACUGACUUUUAUUACAACCCUUCAGUGAAAUUAUCAAGAUGACAGAGGAACCACGUCUCCAGUGUAGCUCUGUGAAUUUAUUCUGACACUGUAAAUUUGUCAGUGACAGUGAAAUCAGGGUAGAGUCGGCUUAAAUUACCUGACUCAUCGAUAAGAAAGAUGUCAGAAAUACUUUCAGACGUGGUUUGAAAAUUGAAAAUCUCUGGGCGGCGAGGGAAACUCUGAGGGUUUGCUUCAACCUGAAAAGCAUGAGGACAGUGUUCAUUAGCCACGCAAGCAUUGUGUGCCUCAAGUUCUGUAAGAAUUUAAACACUGAAGAUUACCUUGAAAAGUCCUUGAAUAAUUCUUGUAGCAGCCAGUCCUUUCAAAACCUGACAUUAUAGGUCCAUGAAUAUUCAUAGAGCCAUGACUUCUGCUUAAUAAGAGUCUGGAGACCUCAUUUAGGCUCCUUUAAUCUGAACUUCUCUCCCGUUUCUGUGUCUGAAGUCUUAUUAUCAUAGAGUAUUCCUCUUUAAAAUGCGAAUGCAUAAAGAGAUCAGAAAGUGAAGCCUUUAGGAGAAACGGGGUCUGGAAGCAAAGCUAAGAUGUGCAGAAGUGUCUAUUAACGUGCAGUUUUCUGUAACCAUCAACUGAGUGAAAAAAUGAAUCAAUACAGACAGAAAGAUGAAGCAGUUUCAUGACAGUCUAAGAAACUGAAGUUAAAAAUUAUUUAAGAUAAAAAAUUUGUCCAAAAUCUUGAAAGAACAGCAGAUCCAGGUGUAAGACUCAAAGAGUUCAAAAAAGCUGGGGUGUAAAACCAAGAUCCAUUACAACACUAUUAUUCCUUUGAUUAUUUAUAUUUCACCUAUUUUGGACAUGCAACCAACGCAAAACAAAGGAGUCAGGUGAUCCUGGGCAAUAAUCCACAGGAAUCUAGGAAGAGCACACUGCGUCAAAUCUCUGUGCGGCCAGUGCGACGGCACACUUAGAGAAUGUGGACUACACCAUGACAGCUGACUGAGCUAGCUUUAGCAAUGGAAAUAAACAUCAACGCAGGUUAGGGUUAUCAAUCAAUCAAUCAAUCAAUCAAUCUAAUUUUAUUUUUAAAGCCACUUUAAUACAUGGAAUUCAAAUUCGCUCAGGAUAUUAAAAAGUAAAAUAAAUACAAAUACCAAACCCCACCCACUCUCCCAACCUCCAUUCAACACAUACAGCACUCACACACUCACACACACAGAUUUAUACACAAAAGACCAGGUGAGGACUCUUCAACUUGCCACAGAUGACUGAGGAAACGCUAUCUUGGGUAAAAAAAAGAUGAGGAAACACUGGAUCUAGGACUAAAACGAUAAAACCAUGAUAAAAUAUAAUAAAGGCGAUAAAGCAUUAAAAUCAAACAAUAAAAGAAAGUAAAUUGAAAAACAGGUAAUAAAACACAAAAUAGUAACUCUAAAAACGGAUAAUGCCGAUUGAAAGAUUUAAACAAAAUUCUACUAAAAGCCAGACUAAAAACGUUGGUCUUUAGUUUACUUUUAAAAAUAUGAACAUUAGGUGUCGCUUUCAGAUCUGUAGGUAGGCUGCAGGACCGUAAUUUUGGAACAAUGAUUCACCAUAUGUUUUAGUUUUUACUUUGGGUACAAUUAAAAGACCACCACCUGAAGACCUGAGGGCUCUACCAGGCUCAUAAGGUAAAAGCAAAUCAGACAAAUAAGAAGGACCAAGACCAUUAAGAGCUUUAAAAACUUAUAAAAGAACCUUAAAAUCUACUCUAAAAGACACAGGUAACCAAUGCAGAGAUUUGCAGAGGUUAGGGUUCCUUAGGGCUCUUUCAUUUCUCUUAAGGAAAUGUUACAGUAUGACAUUUACAUUAUAAUAAUUACAAAUAAACACAAAGAGCCCCAUUUGAAGAAUCUCCAGGGGCAAAAUUUUGAAUCAACCAAUAGACUAAGGGAAGUGGAUGUAAUGUGAUGUGUGUGCAAAUGAACAGACCAGGCUUUUAUUUGGGACAUUGACCAAUUUAAUAAAGUGUUUUAUUAGAAGAUUUAUGAUCACACAGUGUUGUACAAGAGGUUAACUGUGCACCCUUAUUGGAGGAUUUACGGUAUAUGGAGGAUAAGUGUAACUCCAUGUAGUUCAGGUGAAGUAGCCAGGCCUUUAUUAAAGACAGUGACAUUACCUAACACAGCGUUUUAUCACGAGGUUUGCGGUCAUGCUUUAUAUUAGAAGAUUUCAUCCACUCCUUUAUUAGAAGGUUAACGGCACUGUGUGCUCUGCCAGUGACCAUCGACCUUCAGGAGAAGAAGAAGAAGAAAAAACAGUCCGAAACAUGGCCGUGAUUUAUCAAGCUGUAAUCGUUAAGACAGGUUCACACACACACUUAUUCACAGGCACACACACACUGAUACACACAUGCAGACGCAGGCCAAUGAGCUUAAAGCUACUGAAAAUGCAGACACACACACCCACACACACAGUGUUGGUUCAUGCUGAAGGUUCAAGGACAUCACUGCUUUAAUGUGAACAGCCAGAGGUUGGACAACACACACACACAAAGGUCUGUGCACACAUGUAGACAUACACACAUGUACAUGCACACACCCACACCCACACACACAUGGACUGUACAUAUGCAGUCUGAGAAUAGCAGUGAUGCUGGAGAUAAAACUAUAAUUGGAAACCCCACGAGGCCUGAGUGUUAUUGUCCUCUCUCUCCCUCGCACGUACACACACGCACAGACACACACACUCUGCAGCGUGUUUCCACUGUAGAUGUCUAGGCCUCUGGGAAAGGGGUGUGGUUGGAGCAAAUAGGCCCCACCCACAUUGCCGACAGCAGAUCCAUGUUCUUGAAAAGUGUUAAACACACUGAGUGACCCUCAGAGCCGGACUGAACAGCUGAUUCAAUGAGCUGCAGCUCAUAUAAGAACAAACACGAUUCAGUAAGAGUCUGAAACCUGAAAUGGCGAUUAAAAAUGGAAUCUGAUGGCCUUUAAAUCACCAAGACAACAUGUUCAACUGAAAAAUGUUACUGUUGGAUGAAAAUUUCUGCUCAUUUCAAAUUUGAUGCAGCAAAAUAUUUGUAAAAAGUUAUUAAAGGAAAAACCAAACAGGUCAAUAGUUGUGUAAUACAAAAAAAUCAGUAAGAGGAACAUCUCCCAACUAAUGAGGUUCAUUUACAACAGGGUUAGCAACAUGACAUUCAGAGGGGCUGAGUCUCUCAGAGGGAAAGACAGGAAGAAGCCCACCAAGUUAUAGCUGUUGCAUUAUUAAGUAAUUUAGCAUGACUGCUGUCCAUGUGCCGGCUUACAUACAGUAUGUUGUAAACGCACCGUUUUCAAUUAUAGUCUUCAAACUCUUUACAAAUCACCACAUUCUGUUGUUAUCAACAUUACACCCAGCGAACCAGCUCUUAUGCAAUCGUAGUUGUAAUUCCUUACUUCAAAGAGAAGUCAGGAGAGUUUUGUUUAAAAUGUUGUUAAAUGUGCAAAACAUGAGCUCACCUUAACCCACACAAACUACUAUCUUUGCUCUCACUCUGUAUUCAUGGAGCAUCAGCCGAUGAAGCUUUGGGGAUGUAAACAGAGAGUGUAAUGUGACUGUGCAGAGAGCGAGUAAGCUGUGGGCUACAACUUCAUUAAAGUCUAUAUUUGUUUAUAUGUGGUACUAAUUAGCACAGUUAACACUGUGCCAUAUUAGCUGUUAGCAGCUUCUGUUUGCAGAGUCCCCAUGGAUGAACCGAUAACUAUCACAACUUAGUUUAAACACUGAAGACACUGAAGUCUGUUAAACACACUGAAGGAGCUUAAAGCUUCACAUUAUACUGCAAGUUUUAUUUCAUGUUCCUGAAUCAAAUUGGACUCAGUUAAGACUCUUGGAAGUGAAUAGUAAAUUUAGCAGCCCUUUGUAGAUAAGGAUGAAAUGCAUGCACAUAAGCAGACAGAAUCACUGUCUGCUAAAGCAUUGAUGUCCAGCUUUAUUGAUGUACAGCAGGGGUUAGGGUUAGGCAUGUAAGGCACCUGUUUUACAUUCAGAGGUCUCUGUAAAGCUAAGAGAGAAACCGAAUAACAACAACAAGGGUCAAAAGCUUCUAACAGGGUCGUCAGGAAAUAUUAAAAUGAACUUUUAAACAUAAAUCUAAUCAAAGACUCUGAAAAAUGUGAUUCUUAUGUAAGAAAAACAUCAUUUUGAGUUUAAGACUGAGGAGUCUGAAGAUGUCCUACGACACACACACACACACACAAAUGGACACACACUGAAACACACAAUCUGUUGCUUACUCACCCAGUUUUAUCUCGCUGUCACAUGAAAAACACAAAAUACACACACAAACACACACACACACACACCAUCAGUGCUGUGAAAUACUGCUGAGUCAUCAUGGAUUCAGCAGGGAGCAGCUGGGCUAAGAGCCAGGAAACACACACACACACACACACACACACACACACACAAACACACACACACAGGGUGGAAAAUAUUAUAUAAGUGUGUAAGUUCGUCUCAUCACUCGUUGGAGACAAACUGACAUCCGAGAUUCACAUGACACUAGGACAGACCUGCAGCUAGUUACCAUGGUGUUGGCACACACACACACAGACACACACACACAGAGACACACAGUGGGUCCAACUGAUGAAUUAAUUAUCAGCUGUAAUUAUUUUUAAGUCUGUUAAUACACCCAUCUGAGCUCAUCUAACCUCACAGGACUUCACUUACAGAAAUGUUUAUUUGCAGACACUCUAAUCUUUUUGACAACUUCUGUACAACCGAGACAUCCUUGAUAGCCGUUCUCUCACCUUUCAUAGCCAAAGUCUUUUGUAAGUCCACCUAUUUUUUCCCACUUUAUCCCAGACUGUGGCUCCAAAGUGCUUUUAAGCGAUUGCCAUUUAGUUGGCAUUGAACAUAAUCUAAGAACUAAAUCGAUCACAGACUUUUUGGGUACAAGAGAAAUCAAAAACUAAACAGAAAACAACAGAGAGAAAAAAAAAAUGGAUCCAGAAUUUCCAACUCCCAAAAAUAGAGCCGUAAUCAUCAUCAUUAAGCAACAGCUUUGUUCAAAUCCAGAUUCAGACCUGAUUUUAUCAUGUGCUCACUGAGGUUGUAGUUUGAGUGAUGCAAAUAUUCAAAGGUGGUUAAUAUUUCGAAGGAGGAGGUUAACUUAGCAUUAGCUGGUUUUAGCUGUUUGCAUCUUUGCAAGUGGCUAGAGCCAAAUGGAUAAAGCACCAGCAUCACCUCAAGACUUUUAACUCUUUUUUCCGAAUUUUAAGUGCAACAAAACUGAGGUUAAAGAACAAGAGACAGCUAUUUCAAAAACCAGAAUCGCAGACAGUUACGCUCAAACAGUCAGUGUUGCCAACCUAGCAACUUUAUCGCUAGAUUUAGCAACUUUUCAGACCUCCCUAGCGACUUAUUUUCAAAAAAGCGCCUGGCGACAAAUCGAGCGAUUUCCUCUGGAGUUUAGAGACUCUAACAUGAACACAGGUAUCGAUGUUACUCUUCUCAACGGAUAUAAUAAUAAAAAAAUAAUAAAUAAAUAAAAAAUAAAAUAAAAUUAAAAAAAGAUAGAAAAACAAACAAAAAAAACUCUUCUCAACGGAUAGCCGAUGUGCAUCAAAAACAUAGACACAGACACACACAGAUAAGCCGCAGAAGACUCCUCCUCCUCCUCCUCCUUCUCUUGGGAUUGGAGUGGGGGUGAGGUGGUCGUCGGCAGCGGGUUUGACUGAUAAAUUAUACAAAUUAGGCGAUGACGUCAUCUAGCGACUUUUACAACGGCCACUAACGACUUUCCUCACUAAGGAGUUGGCAACAUUGCAAACAGUGAUGUGUUCUGUUAGUGUAACUUUGCACCUCUAAAUUGCAGCUGAAACACGUUGCUAUUUGAACUGUCUCUGUAUUUCCAAGUUUUAAAUCAGUGCUUAAGACCAUAAUGAAAUCACUUGAGGAUAUUUGUCAGAUUUAAUCCAACUCUCUCUCAAAAGACAGAAAAAUGCUGCAAAAGAGCUCCAACAGCUUCAUAUUUACAUGGACUGUGCAUCUGAUACUCUUGUGCUUUUAAGCUCAUUGUCUUUUCUUGAACACAUCCUGAAAUUUAUAGUUCGUUGUCAAAUCAAAGUUCAUUAGUUUGGCUAAAAGGGGGCGUUACAGAGAGGAUCUGGCUGUUGUAGUGGCUGAUUUCUUUGAGGACCUGAGCGUCAUCCUCGUCCUGCUGACUCUGAGAGUUCCUACCGGCCCUGUGGGCGUCUGCAGACAAGAAUAUCCACACACUUUAUUAAAGUGUGUCUCCCCGGUUGAAUAAUAAAGUCUAAGUGAUGAGGUGAUGCUGAUGGAGGAAGAGGAAGAGGAGGAGGAGGAGAGGUGUUGUUUCCUUCGAGGUGGAGGUGGGCAGGCAGCAGGUUAAAUACCGAGCUGUGAAUGAGGAUGAUCACAUAAUCCAGAGCUGUGGACACAACAAAUCCUCAAAAAUCAGCCAAAUGUUCACCGGAAAUUCUUGUAUUUUUAAACCCGCUCUUUUUUAUUGUAUUUAGUCAUUUGAAUGACUAAUAGCUGCGAAUAGUUAAACAACAUCUCCAGCAGAUUUCCUCCUCCUGCAGCAGCAACUGUAACAUCUGUGUCAAAAUCCUUAAAGUGUGUCAGUAGUUUUUGUCUCUGACAGGCUCAGAUUGAUAUUCCUGGAGUCUGACACGAUCACAGAAAGGAUCCCUGCAGAGAGAGAGAGAGAGAGAGCUUUAUGUUACAGAGGGAAAGGAUGUUUAACCAGAGUCAUCUCAAACAUCAUAGCCACCAAACCCCAUCAGAGUCCCCAUUCUUCUACAGUCUAAUAAGCUCUGUUUGCUUUAUGUUUGCUAUACUCUUUUCCCAGUUAUAUAUGAAUUUUUAAGUGUUUGAGCUGAAUUCUUUGUAUUGAGUCAAUAAGAGUACUAACUAAAAGUCUGCUGUGUGUCUCUCUGCAGCAAUCGAGCAGAGCAUCGAGCAGGAGGAGGGUCUCAACAGAUCAUCGGCGGAUCUCAGGAUUCGCAAGACACAGGUGAGAGAGUUAGGGGGCCUUCCACGGGUUCAGCAACUCAUCUACAAAGCUACAGAACUGGUUCAGUCGAAACAAAAACUUCAACCCAAAGGGACGAAAUGAGAGAAAUAUCAAAAAGAUCAUCAGGAGAGGUGUUUAAUUCUGUUCUUUUCUUCCUCUGUUAAUUUCUCCUGAGAGUCUCGGCUUCAUAUUUAACCUUUAAAACGAACACUGAAACAAGUUCUCAGAAAAAGGAAAAUGUUCUACAUUAAAAUGCAAAAACAGUGGGUGAUCUGCAGCUUGUUGCAACACAGUUCAGAAACUUAACUUUUUUUUAUUAUGUCUCCUGCCUCUGACAAAGCUUAUAGUCAAUCAUAUUUAAGCUAUUUGGAGUCAGCCAAGCGGGUUUAAGCCGAGGCUUGCACGCUCUCUCCGGCCACCUCAUAGAGAUGCCCCUGCUCUUAGAGCGAUGCUAAUCUGAACCUUUGAGCGUAAACAGUUUCUCUCUGUAAAACUUUUCUUUGUGUUUAUAAGUCAUAAAGAGUAUUAAAUUCACAAUUGUAGAAGUAUAGCAGCUGUUUGGCUGUAUUUUUUUCUAUUUCCUCCAUAUUUAUUUUUGUACUUUUUACAUUGAGCAGGUAACCGUUCCCGGUGAUCAUCCAUAUCUUAUAAAUAAUGAUCAAAAACAUGCUGACUCACUGAUAGCUGCUCCUCAAAUCAACACAGAGCCUUGAACACCUCGCUCACAGGGCAAAUAAGAGCGGGACAUCAGGGCGUAUUUAAAAAAGUGUAGAUAAAGGAAAUAAAACGCAUUACUUUAAAUUAUCUUCAUUUUUUACAGUGUAGAAAAAGUGAUUUUACUGCAUUAAAAUACACUGAUCAUGUCCAAACAGCAGAGCAGAAGAUCUCUCUCUCUCUCUCUCUCUCUCUCUCUCUCUCUCUCUCUCUCUCUCUCUCUCUCUCUCUCUCUCUCUCUCUCCCCCUCUCUGCUGUUUGUCCUCUCUCUGCCUGCUGUCUGACUGCUCUGAUGUGACCCUGCAGUGUUCUGCUUUGUGAUUGGCUGCUGCCUCCCCUCUCCUCCCAGCAGGCUUCUCCCUGCUGCCUCCUGGUGGAGGAGAAGAGAACUGCGGCAUCAUCCGCUUACACAACUAGGCACACCAACUCCACACACACGCCAUGUAAAUCCUCACUAUGAGAGAUGAAACCUAAAUUAACAGGAUAAACAUUUGUAACAGUGUGAACACAUCAUGUACGACUCCUCCGACUACUGAAUAUAAAGAUGCUGUGAUGCUUAGUCAGCAUUUUUAAAGUACCUUUAAAGGUAAACAGGAAGUUACUUAAACACAAAUAUAAAGGAUCCAAACUGCCUCAAACUUUAUACAUAAGGUUCAAAUCCCUCUGUGUUAAUGUCAGUUUGCCGGUUUAGUAUUUUUGUUGUAGCCCCACUUCUGAUAGAUUCAGGAAGUUUUGAGCAAAAUAUUUCUGUGGGAUGACAAAGGCUGUGUCCUAAAUGAAUCACUCAAUCCCUAACCCCUAACCCCCAUUUGGGGUUUCACUGUAUAGCUGACUAUGUAGUGAGCUCAAUCAUCUGAAAUUUAGGACACUACAUGGUGCACCGUUGUGACGUCACUGCUCAGACUGCCGCGUCAGAAGUUGCGGCUGUUGUUUUUCACAUCUCUUGAAUUUUAUGAUGUUGUAUAGAUGUAUUUGUUUUUCCAGGAUGUCCGUGAAAUAAAAAACAAAUAAUUACAAAAACAAUGAAUUAAUAAUUUAUUUAAAAGGCCUUAUAUUUUCGUGCCAAAUACUGUUUGCUGCGUCAUAUUGUGCACGAGACUAUAUGACGCUCCUAUAUAGUAGCUCCUACAUCUUUGAAUUGCCGCUCGAGACGCAAUGCAUGACGGGAUGCCCACCACUGGUGAGUGACCAUCGGAUGGUCACUGCAUUUUGCAAUGCUCUAUGGGAAAUUUUGAGUCGCCUAUAUGGGACAUUGGAAUUGAUCACUCAGGUUUAGGACACCCCUCAAAAUGGCGCCAACCCCCAUAUAGUCGUCUCUAUAGGGGUUAGGGAUCCAUUUCGGACACAACCAAAGAGUUUACAUUGUGUUGGAAUUGAAAGAGAGUAAAAUUGGAACUUAUGGAAUGAUAACAACCAGUUUUUAGUGAUACAUUCUGUAAGCCCAGGGUCGGUACAAGAAAAGAGAAAGUUGAAUUCCCAUUAACAGGGCUAAUUGGUUUGAUAUUUAAGUCGUUGCUGAUGACACGAGUUCGACGUGUUAAGAUUGUAAACCAAGUCACAAGUGCUUGUUCUGAAUCUGUUCAUAAUUUCACCAAUUUAUUGUAAUUAAAUGUUAUCAACAUUCGUUCUUUUUUAUCUUUAUUUCCGUGUCUCUUCUGUGUCCCGUCUGUGUCUAUAGCACUCGACGCUGUCACGUAAGUUUGUGGAGGUGAUGACUGAGUACAACACCACGCAGUCUAAGUACCGCGACCGCUGCAAGGACCGCAUCCAGAGACAGCUGGAGAUCAGUGAGUGCGAACUAAACUACUGCAUGAAAAAACACACACAGUACACAACAUACCAUGCAAAACAUAAAACUCAACACCUGACGCAGACAUGACAUAAAAACAUAUUGUUUUUAUAUGACACCGUAGGACGGUAGGGGAAAGUCCCGCCUCUUUCGCCUCUGAUUGGCUAGAAAAGCUGGGAGUCAUCACACGCUUAAGCCAAACACGGACUGUCGGCUCUGUACAUCGAACAGAAUAUUACAGAACAUUAUUGCACUUCUAAAUCUCCUAACCCUAACACUAACCCGACAGACGACUUUUCACAGCCAUUAAGAAUAACCACUCAGAGCCCAGCACUUCUAGCCAAUCAGAGGCGAAGGAGGGCGGGACCUUCCCUACCAUCCUACAAAAAAAAAAACAAAUGUAAACGGGAUUCCAUUGACUCCGCCAUUUCUCAGAACCUUUUUAGACACUUGUGAACUUAUGGACCUGAAGCUUUCAGAAAUUUUCAACUUACAGUGUCAGGAAUGUAACAAGAGGGGGCCAUCAUAUGGUCUCCUCUGGUAAACGCAGUAAAUUUGAACCUACUUAGAGGCUCAAAAGCACCGUUCAAUAAAACAACAGCCAGUCCGGAAGCAAGCUAACUGUAGAAGGAAGCACAGCAAACACAACCGUGGUGACGACAGUAAACACAGACAGUUAAACAGAUGUCAGAAAUGGAGGACGGAUUUGUUGAUUUGUGGCCACUAGAAGUUGCACUCGCCACUGGAAAAACCAAACUGUUCAAUAUUCAUGUUCAGGAUCCCUUACGUUUAAGAUUUGAGAAAUCUCUUAAUGCAUAUCAGGCUUUAGAUAACAAACAAGGUCGACUCAAGUCUGUAGAUAAACAUCAAAGUUCAAUACGCAAAUACACACAGACACACACAGAGGAAGCAGUGCAGAAAUAGCAGCACAUAAAGCUGAUUCAGACAGAUAAACUAACAGACUGCCGAGGUGCAGCAUAUAUUUUAUUCUCAACAGUCUGACCUUCACACACAGACACACUCACAGUCCUUCAGUUUCACUUUCUGUCUGAGUUGUUGUGUAAGUCAUGACAUAAUAAAUACAGACACACUGUCUGAUGGAAACACAGUCCAACUGACUUUAUAUACAGACAAGCGAAACACACUCACACUUUGAUUUAAAUAUACAAACUCAUUUAAAUUCAUUGUAAUUUCUGAUCUUAUUUGACACCCUGCUUUUUUAUUUGUAUUUAAUUAUUUAUUUCUUAUUCUUCUGUUAUCAUAAAGUGUUGGCUUUUGCCUCAAAGCACCUUAAUACAGACAUCAUAGGUUACUUUUAAAUGUUUAAAAAAAAACAGUAUUUUUAAAGAGCUGUAUGGUUCCUUGAGACAGAAGCUCAGAGGUACCUUAAAGCGACACUGUUGGAAACCUUGAAACAUUACGCCAGAGUACCUCUAACAAGGAGUGGAUGGGAACCUAAACACAGAGUCCAUAUGCUACAUCUGUGCAGCUACUGUUAGGUAACUUCAGAAAAAGUUUGGGGAAACCUUGCAACUGAUGCUGUUAAGUACUUUGUCACAGACGUUUAGGGUUUCCUUGAGAGUGAUACUGAUUGGUAUCUUAAAACAUUUUGCAGAGUUUUAAUUUAAACACGAAGUGAAGGGGUACAUUUAAACAGAGCCCGCUUUCUACAGUGGUAAAGCGCCUGUAGGGUACCAUUGUGUGUGCAAGACACACGGUUAGGGGUCCCUCGGACAGAUUUCACCUUGUGCAUCUCAGGGCUGCCAAGUUUCAGAAAAUGACAAGAGUAAGACUUUAGUGUCAUGAUGUUGAUUUAUACCUUAAGACUGUUGUCCUCGCCUCCAUGCCAGCUGCUCUCUCUGCACUGUGGCCUCCUAAUGCUAGUCUUAGUUAUAAAGCUUCUGUAGGGUCCGCCUUAGACCCGCCUUAUGUUGCUUCUGAUUGGUUUAUAUUGCAUGGUGUCUUCCUUGGUUGGUUAGAUUUGGGUACAAAGGACUGAUGAAUUGCUCUGCGAUUGAUUGUUUUGGUCAGGCCAUCGGAGUUACUCGAACUAUGGCAAGCCAAGUUUAUUAUCAUUAAAAAAUUAAAUACAGAGUAUUGAAGGGGAAAAUAUAAGUGUGAGAAAUGUCAAAUAUGGGGUGUGGUAUGAGAAUGGGUCAAAUUGCGUGACUGUCACACUCAAAGCGUAACGCUUGGCAGCUCUGGCCUCUGUGGAUGGGAACUCAUCAGCGCCAUUGGUACAGAACCAAAAACCUUUUCUAGAACUAGAACUGUGAGACUUCACAUAACCACCAGCACUAUGUUUAAGUUGCAUACAUCAUGUGACCAUGACGUACCAUGUGACUUAGGGGGUGCUCACGGUAUAUUACAUGCUAACCAUAGACUCUGUUUCUGUUUUCUGUCUGCAGCUGGGAGAACCACUACCAACGAGGAACUAGAGGAUAUGUUGGAGAGUGGCAAGCUGGCCAUCUUCACCGAUGAUGUAAGCACCGCACCUGAGCCGGGCUGAGCCGGGUCACUUUAACCUGAGCCAUUCUGCAUACCGCCAAUCAUUAUGGUUUAAUGGCGGCGAUACAGAAUGGCCAUGAGGUGCGCUGAGACAUCAAGUGAACAUGGCCUUUGUCAUAUCACAGCAGAAAGGAUGAUGGGAGGAUGUGUGAGAUGCUAGCCACUGCACUGUCAGGCUCUUAUUUUAGUGGAGUCCCCUGUUGGUUUGAUCUGCCCCUUUAAAUUAAAGCUCAGACAUGCACUGAGGCCACAUGACCUCAGGGUCAUGUGACAUAGACUUGUGGUCAGUAACUGAACACCAGACUGGAAACUAAACAUUUGACUGAGCUCUAAAGGUUGAAGGCAGUCACCUGUGCUGUCACAGCGUGCAGUCACAUCAGCCAGUAGAGCUUAGCAAAAGCAAGGGUUUACACCUGGUGUUAGUUACUCUUUACAGGGUAAGUUAGUCUGGCUCUCAGUCAGGAAAUCAGCCCAACAGUACACUACAAACCAGAGGCUCAUGAGCACACUUUUAAUAGAUUAUCAUCUGCAGGUUAAAACUGAACCAUGCCAGGAGCAAACCAGACAGAAACAUGAUCCAGAAACACAGAAGACCUCUCUGGACCUGAGCCCAUUUAAAAUGGACUGCAGGGGAGUUGGGGAAAGAAAUCAAAGUUUGGCAUUUUGGAUGCUGCAUCCCCCACUCUAAAGAGCAGAGGGACCACCCAGCUCUGUUAGCUGACAGUUCAAAGCCAGCAUCCCUGAUGGUGUCUAUAGCAUACAUAUCUGGAGAGGCUCCAUUAAUGCUAAACAAUACAGGUUUUGGAUAAGCAUGUGCUGCCAUUCAGACAAUGACCUUCAUAUUUCAGUAUAUGUCAAUAUAAACAAGAUUGUUUCCAGCAAAGACCAAAGUACACAUAAACUGAGUGACUCAUGUAAUACAAAGUCUUACUAAUCAAAUGAUGCCAGGUUAUGGGGAAACAUUCCAGUACAAUCAUUUCCCCGCCCUUCUCUCUGUGUCUGAGUACCAGUAUUUUAUAUGUAAAUUAAUGAGAUCGUCUUCAAGGCCUGCCCCCGUAAUUUCCAGACAUUUGGAAUGUACUACUCCAUGAGCAGGGACUGUUCAAAGGGCAGAUCAAGUAUCCCAGAGCUAAAUUUAGGCUCCUGCUAUCAAAACAGACAGAGGUUCCAGGUUUCUAAGGAAAGUUCCUGCAGUUGAAAAGUGUUUGCUAAAGCUCCUCACUCCUCUUUGGCUUUCACUUAACCAGAUACAGUCACAACUACCUCAGUGAAAACAAAAUAGUGAUGACCAAAAUGCCAAAACAGGAAAAAUCACACCAUAGUUCUUAAAGUGGUUGCAACAUCGACUUCUUAUAUACAGUCUCUGGUCACAACAUGGUAAUAGGAGCUGAUUUACUGUGAGUAGUUAAAUUAUUUUUAAGUGUCACCAUGGUGCACACACAGAGCUCUAGAAGGUGUUUUUAUGCUAAGGUAUGGCAGCAUGAAAGCAUUUUAUAUGUAGGGUUUAAAGGCUUUUUAAAGAUAAGAAGGUUUUACCAAACAUUUCACAGUAAUUAGAAACAUAACUGAUGAAUGAGAGCUGUUUAGAGUGCAACAGAGUGGUGUUUGUCAAAAGCAUCAUCCUCUAUCCUCUACUACGAUCAGACAACGUUCAGAAGACUCCCCUCUAAACUGUUUGGUUUGACAUUGCCCCAAAGUAAGAGAAUUUAGACAUUCGCUUUGAUUUGUGUUCCUGGUUUUUGUGAGUAAUUUCUAUGAAUUUCAGUUACUCUCCCUUGGAUGUUGAACUGUCUGCUAAAUAAUGUUUGUGAUGAAACCUGCCCCUUCCUGCAGAUCAAAAUGGACUCUCAAAUUUCCAAGCAAGCCCUGAACGAGAUUGAGACCCGACAUACCGAGAUCAUCAAGCUGGAAAACAGCAUCCGCGAGCUGCACGACAUGUUUGUCGACAUGGCCAUGCUGGUCGAGAGCCAGGUUUGUGUCAUGCUAAUCCACAUGUGUGGCGUCCUUUCUGUUUUUUCAGGCCUCAGGUGUUAAACUUUGGGAUGGGUGGCUUUUUUUAGGGAGAGAUGAUUGACAGAAUUGAGUACAACGUGGAGCACUCCGUUGACUACGUGGAGCGAGCCGUAUCCGACACCAAGAAGGCUGUCAAAUACCAGAGCCAGGCCCGCAAGGUAACAUGUUGGUUUAAUAAGGUCAAAAAACCUGGUUCUGUGAAGGUUAGAGGUCCUCUGGAAAGCUUUAAGAAACACCAAACCAGUUCAAAACAUUGGUUAUAGGCUGUGUUUCUACAAAUAUCUUCACUAACACCUUGUGUCCUUCAUCUCCCCCCCUGCAGAAGAAGAUUAUGAUCAUCAUCUGUUGCGUCAUCCUGGGCGUGGUCCUGGCGUCGACCAUAGGCGGCACACUGGGCUUCUAAGGCGCUCCGCCCCUUGCCGCUGUGACGACCGACACCAACCGACCGUCCGACCGCCAGCAGAGAAAAGAAACACCAUCGACAACAACAACACAAAAACUUGAAACACAAAUGCAAGACAGAUAACCAAUCAGCUAGGACGAGAUAACAAUCCAAUCACAGAUAGGAGGACAUACCGCAGGGUUGGGUGGGGUUCAAAAAACAAAGACAAAAAACACAAUAAAAAUGCCAUCACGCUAUAGCUGACUUAAAUACAUGACAUAUACAAAAGAGGGUACAGAUUAACCUACUAUUUAUUACAGAUGUACAUGUAAAUGUAUUGAACAUAUGAAGCAACACAUGGGUUAGCUACCUGUAAAAAAAUUAUGACCUAUUAUAUGAUAUUUACUUGUUUGUUUGUUUUGCUUUUUUCUUAUUUUAACAGUUUGUUUUUUUUUUUCAUUUUUUGGGAGUCUCCGAGGACAGUGGUGGUGACUGCUCCUGGGUGGGAGUUCUGUAGGACAAGCAUUCCAGAGCAGAGUUGUUCCCUUAAUUUUGUGUCCUGGAACUAAGCACGCUCUCAAUCAGUGUGUCAGGAAUUCAAGUUCAGAAAGGAAAAUCCCUCUAGCUCUGGAAGAAUAUUCUGGAGCUCCAGAACUCGCUACAUUCUGAAAGAGAAGGUUCCGGAACACUGACAGAAAAAAGCAAGGUUCCAGGGCAUCGUCAGAUUAUCAAGGAAAAGACAUUAGUAAUUCAACUACAUUCCAGAAUGCCUUUGGAAUAUUCUGGAAUGCCAUCAGCGAUCUGUAGAAUGUUCUGGAAUGCCGUCCUGCCGGAUGAGCACCCUCUGGCUUUGGUAGAACCAACUUUGUCCCCGUGUUUCUUGGAGGGAGGGUCCGACCCUGCUGUUGGCUCGGCCACCCUUUGUAAAAGACCUCUUAUUGGUUGCUUACUCCUGUCAUUCACCUCAGUCAACCAGUCAAAUGAGUUUAAACUGGCUUAGCCCGAUCUGCCACACACCUCUCGCAUGACACCCGCCCGCUGAUCCGUUUACCACACCAUCUCAAUGGUUAGGAAACACUAUUUGGUGAGGGGGGUGUCAUUUCAACGUGGCAGGUUUCCACAACAACAACAACCUCCCCUUCUUGUCACACCUAUCCAACCAAAGAGCAGGGGGAGGGAGGGUCUCCGGUUUUCCUGCAAAUUUGAUUGACCAACGGCAGAAAAUGUGAACUUUGACUGACAGGUGAACGGUAGGAAGGAAGGGGGGUAGGAAGAGGAGGGUUUUAAAGAGGGUGGGAGAAGACGGGCUGUCAAUCUAUGCAGUUUAGAUAAGAGGAAGAGGACUUGUCCCGACUCCCACACCCACGAUACCCAAUGAAGAUAGGGAUUCACGUUCCAGCACCAAAAGGCUCCUCAUCCCAACCAAAAUAUAUUGUCAUCUCUGAGCUGUUGCAACUGUUCUCCUGGAAGAUUCUUAAAAAUGAAGAGAACACAUAAAGUCAAUAACUUAAACUAAAAUACAGCAUUUAAAUCUAACAAACAAGUUAGACAACAGAAUAACUUAAACAGAAGAUAUAGAAACUCUAAUGAUGCUGGCGUACCCUGGUUACCUGAGUAUCAUUGAUUGCUUUAUUCAUUUUUUAUGGGGAUCAUUUGUUGCUUCGUUGUUCCGUGGUGCUGCUGUUCUAGUGCGUGCGUGGCGUGUCCCGUGACGUAUCGGCCUGACAUCAUUUAGCAGUUUAGUCUGGUUUGAUGCAUUCGCCUGUUUUCCCCUCAACAUCCAUUUAUCCCCUGACUGUGUGUUGAGGAUUGUGGUUGUUAAUUAGAAUGCCUCAAUUGCACAGGCGCUACCGAACAGGUGAGGCACUUCCUGUUAGUGGAUUGUCUCUGAGGAAGGCAGAACAUGUGACACACACACACAUCCACAUCUGUCAACAACACGCCUGAACACGUCCAUACAUAGUUCAUACAGACACAGUGAAAAGUCCCCCAAACACACACUUUAUACUUUGCAGUGCCACGCAUUUUCUCAAUGUGAGUGUUAGACUUGUUGCCUAGCAUGUUAUAUAGUGUUGUGUGUAGAUCCUGUAGAAAUGUUUGAUGUUAAAGACACUUUCUGUGUGUCUGAACCAGUGUUUGGGAGAGACUGAAACCUCAGAAAUAAAAAGGGCAAGUGUGACAUUAAAAGUUGGACAAAUAUAGUUUUAGUACAACUUUUAAAUGCUACCUGUUUUUCUAGGGAGCCGUCCCGUUUUGGAAACGUGUAGCAAUGUCACGAUGCCAGAUUUGUCCCGGCUCAAUUCAAACAUUUUUAUAUUUUAACUUACCCUACAUUAGCAGUUACCAGCAUGGCUACCUUCAGCAGAAAUACAACUAAAAAAUCAUGUUGAUUUAAAUAAGCGUCGCUUAAUGGAUUUCAGUUAAAAAAUAUAUAUUGCUGCAACAGUCAGAUUUCUAGAUUGUUUCAGUUUGUUACUAUGCGAUGUACACGCAUGUUUUGUUUUUGUUACUGUUGAUGCAGUCUAGGUGGAGAAGCCAUGCAGGUGUGUUGCCUCAAACUGGACACUAAAGGUCGAAAUUUCUGCACGGCAUUCUCACUCUGGCUUGAGUUAGUGGUUUUAGGUGGCUUGCUAGUCUGUGUAAAGGCUCUGUGAUACGGAGGCACAACGCUUCUGUUGAGGCCUACACAAGCAAUCCUGCACUGUCACUGUCUGCGUUACAACAACCACAAAUACUACCUUUAACACCACAAAAGACUAACUCCUCUUUGUUUCAAAGCAAUAAAAUCUGAUUGUCAUAGUUUGGCUAUGUUUGACAAAAGUGUUAGCUAGUUAGCUCACCUUGUUUACACUCUGGCCCGAAAUCAGUUUUACAAAGUGAGGAAAUGUCUGGCUCCUGAAAGAAUCACUGAACAGCUCUAUCAACAGGAAGCAAACAGUGUGUGACAAAAAUAGUUAGCAAAGACCAGAGCCAUGUAUGGCUAACAUUUGGCCCAACACAAACUUACAAUAGCUGCUAUUGUUAUACUAAUGAUAUUGCUAGAUUCCAGGACAAGGUUUAGACACAAGAAGUAGUCAUUGCUCUGUUAAAAUAGUGUGUUUUCUUGGCAGUCAUGGUUAAUAGCGCUGUUAGUCAUAGGUGUCUGUAAUGCUGUGUAGUCACUAGAUAAAAUAAGAAUAUUUUUAGCAUCAGGUUUAUAAAUUUUCACGUCAUCCUUUGACUUUCCAACACCAAAACUUAACUUCUGUGUUCACCAAAGCUUGAAAAACACCCCCAGCAAAAUCCAAUAGAUGUUUGUUCAAAUUAACUAUCAAAAGACUUGUAAAAAAUUUGCACUUUUCUCUGCAGUUGUGUUGUUGGUAAUAGUCGCUAAUUUUUGUCUUGAUAGGUGCUUUUUGGUGGUUUUUAAAGCUGUAGUGCACACUGACUCUAUCCAUCAACAGACAAAACACCAAUCAGUGAUUUGCCCUGUCAUUUAAGCUAUGAUAUAUUUGUUGUAACUACAUUUCCCAGUUUGCCAGACUGUCUUUGAGUUGUAGGUUUGGGAUUUUUAGAUAUAUACAAAGCAAGUUUGAAAAACCAUACAUUCAUCCAUACAUUUUACCGCCUCAGUGCUUCACUCCUCACCUGCUACUUUUUGCAUAAAUCCAGCCUCAUAAUUCAUAUUAAGUUACAUGUUCUUGAUGGUCGAUGGUGGUCAAGCUGACGUCACGGUCGUCGUGGUAGUCGUGCAAUGGUUAGGCGGCGGUGGUUGCGGCGGAUUUAAAUCUGAUGUGAGAAUGCUGUCGUAGCACCAGCCAGCUUGUUGAUAGUGAUGUUAAUUUACAGUAUGCGUUUGUUUAUUCUGUAAACUUCAGUCCCUGUCUGGUAACCUUACAUCAAACCCUGCCACCUCCUUUUGGGAAAGAAAAGCAGACAAAUUUGGUAAACUAAGGCUUUAAGGUUGGGUGAAGGUUUGAAAGUUUGUCUGAGUGUUCAGUCCCCCUGUCCCUUUGUCUUCCCUCCCCCUGUUUGUGUUGUAGUUGUUUGGUUGUAGAAAAAGACACAUUUUUGGACUGGGAAUCUGCCCCCUCCCCUUCCCUGGCAGACCCCUGCCCAUCCUGGUGUGUUUAAUGAUGAUAAUAACUAAAAAGGCAUGCAAAAGCGUUGUGGAGUUUGCAUGAUGGUGUUUUUUGUACCCACCCCCAACCUGCCCUCCAUGUCGUGCACUUUACUGCUCAUCGGACCUGUCUUUGGUUAGCACGUAACUUAGCAGCUCUAAUCCACUGUUUUUUAUGGAACUUAAUACAUGUUGGCGUAACACGUCAACACGCUUUGUUUCCGUCAUAGUUGGAACUUUACCUGGACUUUUUAGGUGUUCUGUUCAGAGACUGAGUUGAUAUUUCAACAUGUGAAAGAUAAAAUUUUCAAAACCUUGCCAUCGACUCGAGCCAUUCUGCUUAUCCUCUGACCCCCUGACAUCAACCUCCCAACCUCCCACUGGGUGCCCAACCUCUAUUAGCAUUUCCUCUGAUUAUAUGCGUUGAUGGUUGCAAUUGUGUUGUGUUUUUGUGGAGGAAUCAUCCCUGCAAAUGUCCAUUACCACUAAAAGUCUGUAAACCUGUGGGUUAACCUCCCGUCGCUCCUUCACUCGGCCUUGUGUGUGUGCAGCAUGCGUCCCUUCCCGUUCAGUCAAACAAGAUUGGUGCAUAAGUGUGUGUUUGUGUGCGUGUUUUGUGUCGGAGCAGCACGAGUUUGUUUUGAUGUGCGAAGCAUCCGAUGGCAGGUUCACAGGUUUCACAGCCGUUUGAUGAAUUCCUCUUUGUUUCUUUCUGAAAAUUAUAGAUACGAAAUCAGUAGUCUUUAUAGACGCCAAGAUCACUGUUAUUAUUAUAUUUAUUACGAUUCAAACCAAAGCGUUUUCUGCCCUCCCCUCAUGUGUUCUCAAAAUGUUUGCCGCUAUUAUCAAAGAGCACAACUUGAGUCAAGUUUACACUGAGAUGUUCGUCACAAAUGGUGAAAAAAUACACAAAAACAUCAAAUGCUAACAUAUCGAUGAAACAAAAAGCCCUGCCCCCCUGCCCAACACCAGCCCUCACUGCAUGUUGGUCUGUACACCAAUCAACCCGACCAAAACCCUCAAUACUUAUCUCAUGCCACAACGAUGUCCACCUCCACGUCCCCUUUUCUUUCUUUCUCACCUGUAGAUGUUAGUUUGUGGUCUGAUUUAGUGCACAAAUAUGACACAUAAUCAUCUGUGAACACUUCUAGAAAACGUACACUUCUCCUCCACUAGAGGCAUAUACGGAGACAAUGGUGGUGCUUUCUUAUUAUAUUUAUUAAUUGCUGUAUUUCUUGUUUUUUUUUUUGGUGUCAUUUUAUGUACAGCUUGUUUAUCAGUCUCUGUGUUCACACGUUGGGGUUAAUGCUACUCUGCAGGUGUUAAGGAUUAGUAGCUAGCCAAGUGUCAAGCAAACUGAAGCCUCCUCUCUUAAAACUCUUUACAGUUUUCGUGUCAACAAUGCAGUUAGUAUUGUGUUUCACGAAGCUUAGCAGAGCCACCUAACAAGGGUGUUGUAAAUGUCAACAACAAUUACAAUAAAACGUAUUAAGUUAUUGAAUAAAGUGUUGCUAACCUUAGCAUUAGCCUUUUUUUUUCUCCAAAAUUGGAUUUUGUUUUUAUUUCAGCAAUCAUCAGUGAAUUCAUGUACGAUAAUUACUCUUGAGUUUUCUGUUUCGCACUUCUUUAAUUAGGUUAACAAAUCUGCCCACAGAUAAGCUAUUCACGUUAGCUUAAUAUUCAAAUAAAGAAAGCUCAUGUAAAAACAAUUAAGCUUCCAAACUUUGCUUAUGCAGAGGAAGCAUAAAUUAGAACUUACAUUUGCAAAACAGCUUGUUGACUGUUUAGCUAACUAGCUCCUAUUACCUGCAGUGAGCAUUUUCCUCUGUGUGAGAGAGGACUGCAGCCUUGUCAACUGAAGUUACAUAUAUAGGGAAGAAUAUAUAUAUAAAAACCUUACACAAACACACUGCAUUUCUAUAACUGUAUGUAUGUGGCUCUGUAGCCAUUUCUGCUUCUGUUGGCUGUGUACAGUUUUUGACGGAGCGGGGUGCAGAAAGCAGGAAAAAAUCACCCGGAGAGAGUUUGGGUGCGACAUCAACACUCCAAAGAUUGACUUACCGCUAGCUGUUAGCUGUUAGCCUGUUUUCUGAAGAAACCUGGCGUAUUGCUCCACAUGUACGAAACAAAACUUAUAGUCCUCGUAGAGUCAGAUGAACACAGACACGUGUGGAUGCAAUACGUCAGCCACUAUCUCUGCAGACAACUCCAGUAGACGAGUGUCUGAGCAGAGAUUAAAUUCAGAAACUGAGGGUUUGAGAUUGUUGUACUUUUUUGUUCCUUUGAUGGCGGACUAUGAAACUACUCCAUGAUGAUUUUUGUCUUCCUGAAACAAUUUUCAAAAACCAAAACCUGUUCGGUGCCCCGCUCUGGAUGAUGCUUAAAUGAAAUGUUUGUUUUCCGUGGCUUUGACCUGCUCCUGUCAGUAGCAGCGGCUACGAUGUGACGCUUUCGUUGUUUCUGAUUUUUAUUCCGUGAAGCUUCACCCAUUAAUCUCUCCUCGUAAACGAGACAGUAUUUCAGUUUGUAUCAGUGUUUAUUUCCCUAGUGGGAGGGGUGGGAGGAGUCGGGGGGAGGGGCCAUUAAGAUAGACCACGCCCACACGGUCUCUGCCAUAGCAAGUAGAAAAGACAGAUAAAUAAAUAACAUUGUUGUCAUUAUUCUUAUUAUUAUGAUUAUUAUUACUCCAUAAAUGACAAAUGAAAAUGCAGUAAAACAUUUGCAAAAACCCGAAGGAGAGCGAACGCUUCACACAAAGUGAUCAAACUAACAUAAAACAUACGAAGGGAGGUUACGACGAAUCUAUAAUAGCAAUGAUUUAAAGAAGUACAAAAGGAGUUAUGUUAUCAUAAAUAAUAGUAGUAAUAUUGAAUAUUGAAUGCUCGCAAUUUUGUCAAACUGAAACUGGAUUCUUUGUGUUAUGUAAUUAUUGUAAAUAACUUCAAAGAGAGAAAAAAUGACUUGCAUGUCUAUGUAUAAAUCUACUGAGAUAUCUAUUCCCGUCAAAGUUGACACGUAGUUCGAUCUCUGUCCUUUUUCGCCACUCUGCUUCCCCCUUAAGACAUCACCUGUCCUCACCCUCUACCCUCCUGAAAAUCAUUGUUCCUUUAAAUCUCUGUCAGUGAGAGAACAACAGAGAGGAAGAGAAUCAUAGCGUCAAGCGUCCUCGUCCGUCAUAUUCAGAUCAGACCCUGUGUUUACACCAAACCGCUGAAAUCAUCAUUUUACAAAGAUGCAAAGGAACUGUACAACAGUGUUUUUAGAGAGAUCAGUCACAAAUAAACACUUUUGUUCGUUUUAUUCGUCGCUCUGAUCUCUUCAUUUCUGUCAAAACAAAUUACAAACUGAUUCAGACAGAAAUGAAAAGAUCUUGUGCUAACAGAGGGUACUUUGACAAAAUUGGCCUCUUUGGUGUAAACACAGCCACAGCCACACCUCCGUCCAUCAGCCCAGCUCCAGAGGCACCGCCCACUGGCUCCUCUGAUGAAAGUGCUUCCCUCCAUAUUAGGAUAAUAAACCCUGCCUCCUCACUCUAAAGGCUCUGUUAGCGGGUUUUCCGAACUUUCUCUCUUUCUCUCUGUUCAACACUCUCAAUUGCAGCUAGCUUGCCAAAUGACGAACCUAAAACACAGUCUCUUUACCUGCCUGUUUCCCCCAGAUUGUAGCCCACACCCUGUCCUGUAGAGAGUAGACAAGCCUCACCAUUAUAGUCAAACCCUGAAAUGCAAACGUAGUCCAAGCUUAACCCACUAGAGGCCAAUCAAGUUAACUUUUACAUAAACGGUGCAUCCAUUAGCGCAGUUUUUAUUUACUUAAAAAGCAAAAGAUUCCUAACUGACAGUGGUUCAUCUAAUCAUGUCCAGGCAACCACAGGAAGUAGGAUUCACCGAUGCCAACUUAUUCAAGCCAUGGCUUCAGCAGCAUUAUUUACCUGUUGGCUGAAAUCAUCAGUGUUAAAUGCACAAAUGGAGCUCUGAGCAGUUUUUAUGACCAUAUCAUGUGUUUCUGAGUCCACUCAGCCCUCUAAAUGUACCUCAAAUGUCUACCACUGUCUUCCUUCAUAUGGCUGUUUCCAUGAAUCAGUCCUUACCCGUUCUUCAAGGCCUGAGCUUCAGUUUUUUUUUUUCAACAAAGUCAAACUUUGAAUAAGAUUUUGACAGAUUUAAAGAAAUAAGGAUAGAGGAAACAAUCUUAGAGGUGAGGAAAAUUUACUAAAUCUUGAGUAGUCUUUCUGCAGCUCUGCACUUCCAGCGCUAACCUAACUUCAGGCCCAGUCUCUUGCCUCACACAGGCCUUCUGUUACACAGCGUGCAAUAUCGAGAGAAACAAGGGCUUUCUUUAUCAUGCAGGAGUGUCCAGGUCGCAAAGCUCAGACCUCCUACAGAGAACCGAGGAAUAAAAUCACUCAUGUUAGACGCCACAAACGCAGCACCCUUGUAAUUGUUCUAUAACCAUAUUAACUGAGUGAAACCAUACGUAGAUAGAUGAACAAAGAUGGCAGCCAUCUUUGGGAAAACGGCAGGCAAGAGACGGAGAAGUGAGGUCUGAUAAAAACAACUCACAAACUUUAAAAAGGAAACAAAAAGAGGACAGGGCCAUCGCUUUCUACACGCAACUUUGACCGGAAAUGCAACUUGUGUCCCGUUUUUUUUGUGUGUGUGUAUGUGUGCGUAGCGUAAUGUAAAAGCGAUCUGUCCCCCCCCCUUCCCCUCCCCUCUCUGCCCCCCCUACAAAAAAGCACCUUCCCCUCCCUCCCUCCCUCUCUCUCCUCCAGCCCUGUCUCCCCCCUCCUCCCCCCUCUCUCGUACUGCUGUUGGCUGUUCUGUUUAGUUCAUGUGACGUGCCAGUAUUCCCCCUCCCCCCUACUUUACCUUUUUGCCUCCCCCAUCCCCUCCCCUCCCUCUCUCUCUUUCUCUCUCUAUCUCUAUCUCUAUCUCUCUCUCUCUCUCCUCCUCGCCCCUUUCUCUCUCUCUCUUCAUGGAUCUUUAAGAUGACAACUCUAUGCAGAUGCUGUCUUUUAUAAGUGUGUCAAAAUUUUAAUUUAAAAUAAAAACUUAAAAAAACAAACCCUGACAGACAUAUUGAAAUGAAACAAAAAAUGAAUAAAGAAAAGGAUUGUUCAGUGUA